CGCGAUCUUAAAACAAAAAAAUCACCAUUUUUUAAAUUUUCCAAAACCUAUGUGUCAGAAACUGGUUGCCAUGGCAACACGAUUAAUCACAUGGACAUGGUAAUUAUACCAAAAUGUUCCUAGAUAAAUUUUAGGAAAAGUCAGAAAAUUUUAACGUCAUAGCUCUUUCGGUGUAGGAGUUAUCACGAUUUUGCCGGAGGAGGGGUUCGAAAAGCCCCCCCCCCCCCCCCCCCCCAGUCUGAAUAGGGUUAACCCACUAAUCUACUGUUGGAAGAUGAAACGCAUCCAGCACACUAUUGUAUCCACACUUCGACACAUUUUUUCAAGUCCCACCUAGAGAAAGCUUUAUCAUAGACAAGGUCACCCUCAUACGGUCAUCCUCAUACGGUCGGUAUAAAUGAAGCUAUGCCACUGAAAUGCUUUACGAAUUACCUUAUACAUGUAACAGAUUUCCAUGACACAAUCCACGCUGUCAUCGUUCAGUUUUUAAACGUCCUUAUGCAAAGUUUUAGUUUUAAAAAAAAUUCAUUACUUUUGUAGAUGAACCCUUAAAAGCGCGAUUGACGCACUUCACAGUGUCUUAGUCAUGCAAGAGUAAGCCAGCUUACGAGCUAAAUGACUUAAGUUUCUUCUUCAUGUAACCUUUUCACUGUGUUAAAACCUAACAACGUUUAAAUCGUCAUGCAGCCAAGGUUUUGUUGAAAUAGACCUUAACUGAGAUGAUACAGUUAUGUCCUUAUUGCAUUUUAAAUAUUGGUGAAGCUAAGCAAAAUAACACACUGAUAUUUAACGUUAACAUGAUAUAAGAGGUUUCACGUGAACCCUUUUCUCACUGAAAAGCGUAAGCGGAAUUCAUGCCCCAAUAAAACAUUUAAAACAUUUUAAGUGUACGAGAUUAUUAAGGUGAGGGAAAGUAUGAUACACACCUUCCUUGAAACUGUUCACGUUUAGAACCCUUAAGAUUUUAUGGUUUACUGUUUUCGUCUCAAAAAAAAAAAAAGACAUUUGUAUUGUCAAAUCUGUCUUGGUAUUUUGUAUUGUUCUGCAGUGUUUUUUAUUGUUAUUUUGAUUUCAGUAAGCCACAUUUUCCCAAGGAUGAUAAUGAAAAGAAAAGCCACGGCCGUAGAAACGAAACCACCCUUUACCUUCUUCUAAAGACAUGCUGAAAAUUUCCCCAGAAACGAGAACAUCAAACUUCAAUUAGCCUGCGAGCAAGCUCUCUAUUUUGGGCGAGUCGCGAGAAGUCACGCGAGAGCAGCACGCGUAAGGAGACACGAGUUCGAGGGGCGGGGAGAGAGGCGCGUUCUUUCCCGACUCGCUUCCCUCGCCAUAAAUGGAGAACUUGCUAGCAGGCUAAACUUCAACAGCUGUCUUGCGCGCUAUUCAUUUUCAUGACAAUUUCGUUCGAUUGUAGAACCUUAACGCAUUUCGCGGUUUACAAGCUUUAUUGAUUACUGUUACUAUAUUUUCACUUCAAUUCUGAUCUAGCAAGGUCUGAAAUAGGAUCCUGAAGCAGACAGGGAAUUCGUGAAAAUAACGCGUUCUCACCUAAAUAUGAAUUGUUGGCGCUAGUUUUCCUAUUGAUCAGCACCCUUCCAAAGCUCUUAUUUCAUUGGUCCCUAUAACAUGCACUCCCUAUUGUUUUCAGGGAUAAGGGCAUUGUUAUGUCACCAUCCAUAUUGUUUUCUGAGCCAAUCACAGACCUUUCUCCCAGUUUCAGAGCAGAAUUAGAAUUGGGUAACAAAUGAAUUUCACCUCAACAACAACAACAACAACAAUAACAACAAAAGAAAUAGUUCUUAAGUCCGCUUGCGUUUAAUGGUUGCGUGCAAAGCCAACGAAAAAUUGUCCACUAAUAGUUUAUGUCGUCGAUAUUACAAAUUGCAAAUACAACACAAGUUAAUGAAGGAGUUAGGGAACCAUAUGAUACGUAAAUUAAGCAGCUGAAAUUUUCCAAGCUGGUUAUUUAAAACCUACUGUUAACUAAAUAUGAUUUUUAGGACGUGUGGGAAAUAUAAAACAUUUCACCACCUUUGAAGAGACGAAACACUUUGUAACUCUUUCAAUAGCGACUGUGAAGCUCUUAUGUCCUUAUGUUAACGCCAAAAACUAGAAGUCUUUAAUUUUGAAAUAUUACGGCAUUAAGCCUCAAAAUAUUCAUCAAAACUAAAUGGGCUAAAAGACUAACGAGGAAGAGUUUUUCUCUAAUAUUUCAAUCGACCGCUUUUAGUCCCAACUAAUAAGUAACAUGUCAUUUUGCAGUAUAUUUUAAUGAAUAAGACGUUCUUUUAAAAACAGCAUCUGGAGCAAACACAAGGGUGAAGGACAGUUUUGUCCUUUUUCGCAUUUCGCUCGUUCGAAUGCAAUAUAGCUAUAUAGUGGCCCGAAUAAAGAAAAAAAACUUCAAGUAUGGCUUCACUGUAAAAGGCGGGAAAAAUGCUGGGGCAAGCUUCCUGUGUUUCAGUUGAAAUUACUUUAAACAGAACUUCCUGUUUUUAAAUUGAUAUGAAGCUAACAAAAACACAUAACAAUUUUACAAUUUGCCUUGCAAAUAACCAAGAGAUCUAUUCUGACACUUAGACCAGCAAUACUAAAAGAUCAGUUGCUGCAUCAUUGUGUUCAGAUGAAAUGUUUCAUAGUGGCCUAGUUAAAGAGGAAUUUAGUCAAAUUAGUUAUCAAACGCUACCUUAUUGAGAGUAGUGGAGUUCUAACAAUAAGUCAAUCCGCUACGAAGCUCUGGUAGAAGAAGUUCACGAAACUAACUCUACUGAAUUCAUAACACAUCAAACUCUUGCAUCAUCUGAUAGGAAUUUAACUGGCUUCGGCACAAAUCCAAAAACGACAACAAAUGGAAUACUCGUAUCUCGUACUUUGCCUUUUAAAUGCAUUUUUAUCCUACACCGCCACCAUGCUAAACAUUGUAAAAAUCCACUCGAUAAGAAAAACUCCGAACUUGUCAAAGAAUUUAAAAACAUUGCACCUGAGCCUGGCUGUUUCUGAUCUUGGUGUUGGGUUACUAACUCAGCCAAUGGGAACUCUAGACUCAAGAACACAAACAAAAGCGAGAAAAUGGGUCAAUUUCGAAUUAUCAAAAUUCAUACUUGGCUCGGAGGCUGCAGGGAAUAAAACAGAAUAGAAUUGAGUAGCAAAUGAAUUUCAUCUCAACGUCAACAACAACACCAACAACAAAAGAAGUAGCUCUUAAGCCUACUUGCGUUUAAUGGUUGGUGCAAAACCAAAGAUAAACUGACUGUCCACUAAUAGUUUAUGUCGUCGAUAUUACAAAUUGCAAAUACAACACAAGUUAAUGAAAGAGUUAGGGAACAAUAUGAUAUGUAAAUUAAACAGCUGAAAUUUUCCGAGUUGGUUAUUUAAAACCUACUCUUUGCUAAGUAUUAUUUUUUAGACGUGUGAAAAAUAUCAAAAAUUUCACCACCUUUAAAGAGACGAAACACUUUGUAACUCCCUCAAUAGGGACUGUAAACUCUAAAUGAAAAGCCCUUACGUUAACGCCAAAAACUAGAAGUCUUUAAUUUUGAGAUAUAAGGUUACUAAGCCUUAACAUGUUCAUCAAAAUUAAAUGGGCUAACAGACUAACGAGGAAGAGUUUGUUUUUUUAAAUUUCAAUCGACCGCUUUUCUUGUCCCAACUAAUAAGCAACAUGUCAUUUUGCAGUAAAUUUUAAUAACUUUUUUUUAAAAUACAGCAUAUUGAACAUACACAAGGGUGAAGGACAGUUUUGUCCUUUUUCGCACUUCGCUCGUUCCGAUGCGAUAUAGCCAUAUAACGGCCCUAAUAAAGAAAAAAAAACUUCAAAUAUGACUUAAUUGUUAAAAGUGAGAAAAAUGGAGGGGCACGUUUCCUGUGUUUCAGUUGAAGUUACUUUAAACAGAACUUCCUGUUUUUAAAUUGGUAUGAAGCAAUACUUAACGAUCAGUCGCCGCGUCAUUGUGUUAAGAUGAAAUGUUUCAUAGUGGCCCAUUUAAAGAGGAAUUUAGUCAAACUGCUUAUCAAAUGCUACCCUAUUGAAAGUCGUGGGGUUCUAAAAAUAAUUCAAUCUGCUUUGAAACUCUGGUAGAGGAAGUCCACGAAACUAAUUCUACUGAAUUCAUAAAAGAUCAAACACUUGCAUCAUCUGACAGCACUUUAACUGGCUUCAGCACAAAUCUAAAAGGACAACAAAUGGAUCCCUCUUAUCUCGUAGUUUGCCUUUUAAAUGCAUUUUUAUCCUACACCACCACCAUGCUAAACAUUGUUACAAUCCACGCCAUAAGAAAAACUCCGUCCUUGUCAAAGAAUUUAAAAACAUUGCUCCUCAGUCUGGCUGUUUCUGAUCUUGGUGUUGGUUUAGUGGCGCAACCUUUGUAUGUUGCAGGUCUUAUUAUGGAGUCACGGCUAAACAUUGAAACUAGCAAAACGUAUAAUGCCAUCAAUAUCGCGUUUCUUGCCUCGGUGACUUUAUUUGGUUUCGCUACGGUGUUUCUCGUCAUUGUUCUUUGUGCAGAGAGAUUUAUAGCCAUUCAUUAUUACCUUAGAUAUCAAGAACUUGUGACACACAAGAGAGUUGUUGCUGUUGUCGUCUCAACUUGGGUAUUAGGCGGACUGUUUUUGUUGACGGAGCUGUGGAUCCCAAAGAGUAUUAUGCUCGUAGUUUUUGGCAUUACAGGACUUGCAUGUAUUAUAGCUGCCACUUUCUUCAGUAUCAAAAUUUACUUGUCCGUGCGACUUCACGUGAACGAAAUGCAAGUGCUGCAGCUACAACAUGCACCACAGAACGCUCAAAUGGUUAACGUUCGAAGGAUGCAAAAGUGUGCGAUGAUGUCAGUUUACGUUUGCCUCGUUUAUACGGUUUGCUAUCUGCCAAACAUUUGUACAUUCUUUGCUAUUGCCUUCACUUCUAGACCAAGCACUGGCAUAAAGCAUUUACAGUUUUACACUCUGACACUGGCCUCCCUUAAUUCGUCGCUUAAUCCUGUGAUCUACAGCUGGAAGAUGAAACACAUCCGACACACCAUCAUUGGCUUUAUACGAAAUGCAUUUACAAAGCAAAACUAAAGAGAGCUUCAAAACAAUCCAUAUGGAAAUAAUAAACGAUAUGAAAAAACGACAACAACAACAAGAAACAAUAACAAAUGUAAAAUCGUGUUAUGUUAAACUUACAAUAAAAAAGGAUAUAACAGAAUAAGAAUAAAAAUGAACAAUAGAGAUUAUUGUAGUUCUCGUUAGAAUCAAUGAUUUAAAAAACAAUUUGCCUCGGAGUAAUAAUUCAUAUAUUGUAAUGAAACACGAAAGUUGUCAAAACUUUUUUAAAUCCGUCAAUAAAUAAAAUAUAAAGCAUUGUGGUUUACCUCCUCACCCACCCCUACAGAUAAAAAGGAAAGUAAGAAAAGGAAGUAAGGAAAAUCACACGCAGGAUCUUAUCAAAGCCACCGAGACGAUGAAAACACCCGCUGAAAACAUCCUCGAGAUAACAAAAGGUUUAAAACAUCUUUCCUAGACUUGUAAACCAAGAUGAUAGUUAUCACACUAAAUAUAGUAACGAUUGCACCAUUUUGUUUCCCUCGAUCACGAUUAUACGACUCAGUGACUGCGCGUCUGCACGAACAGAAAUUCAUUUUUUUUUUUUUUUUUUUUUUCGUGGCUUCUAAAAAUGCGUGACGGCGAACUUUAGACUGAAAAACACAAACAAAAGAGAGAAAAUGGGUCAGUUGCGAAUUAUUAAAAUUAACGAUACGGCUAAUUCUUGUUCAUUAUUUUUUCUAGGAGGGAGAUUGUAGCUGUGCUGCUGGACUGGCUUGUAGGCUGACCAAAAAAUUCAUUUACCAGGGGAAAACAAUGCAUGCCGCCAGGUGAAGCGAUUGAAGUGGAAACCGUCGACCUGAGUGAUCCUUCAGCCGAUACCCCAAGAAACAAACGGUGGCUCGGUAGCAGUAUUUUCCAAUGUAAUGAUGGGUCAAAAUCUAAUAUCACUAUUAAUAUUCUUCGACUGCGUAACAGGCAUAGGCGGACUUUGUGUGUUAUUCGUUUGUGAUUCGCAAAAGUAAGGGAUGCCGCUCGAAAGCUGAACCGGGGUCAAACGAGAAAACGAUGGGGGAGGGGGUAAGCCUUCUAUUUCUUGCCCCCUUCCACAUUGUUUUCUCUUUUGACCUAUUAAUUCACGAAAGAAGAACGAAAAACACACCAAAACUCUCCUGCUACGCAAGCUACGUCAGACAAAUUAUAGGCGGCCAAUUUUCAAGAGGCGACUACUAAUUUUUUCCUGACUUAAUAGAGCGGAGAAGUCGUCACGUCACGUUGCCAUGGUAGCAAAAUGUCCGAAUGACAAGAAACCGAACAACAAUUUCCUCUUAAAUACAUUGAAAACACUUUUAGGCUAUCCACAGCACUUUUAGAUCUCUUCAAAAGCAUUCUUAGUGUCGCUAUAAAAUUUGUAUCUGUUCGGUAAUCCUAGGGCAACUUCAGUCUUUUCGAAAUUACGAGGGCUUCAGUAAUAUUUCACCGAUAGUUUUAGAUGCAAUUUAACUUGUUACGAAUGCCAGAAUUUUUCUGAUUUCUCUCUUCAUCACAUUUUUGAGUCCGAAAAUUUUAGGUUUCUUUCUUCUUACGAAAAAUAACCUAACCUGGGUAGUGAAUUGUGAAAAAUUAAACUUUAAAAACUUUAUUAGAUGAGCUUCGAAAAUUGUACAUGACUGGAACGGUCAUCUAGAAGUUUUUAGCCGUCCUCAAGUAAUAGAAAAUUCAAGACAAUAUUCGCUUCUCCGAUCAAUGAGAUAUUUUAAAGAAAACAGUCGUUGGGUGCCCUUUGUUUUCACGUUUCAAAACCAAUUUUAUUUUUCCUUGCAAACACCUGGUUUUAAAUGCAAAUCGCUAUUAACAGUUUAAUGGUUUGCUGAUCAAUGCAUUUUAUAAUUACCCGCUAGAUGUUAACUGUCCUUGUGUAAACAGGAAGUUUUUCUGAGGGAGAACUUGGACAUCUAAAUGAGCUUGACUUUUUAGAUUUUAAUUACAGAUCUGUUAACUUAUCGAAUAUAGCUUUAUUCCUAAACGUCGAGUACUUAGCUACUGUAGCAAUUUUUCCAAAAUAUCUACUUUUUUCGCUGUUGCAACAGGAAAAUAAUUCUAAGGCGCAAGGGGAUUAUAGUUACGCUGUUAUACUAACUGUGAAUAUUAAUAACUGUUAAAGACAGCGGGCACUAAUGAUUUUCCCGGCGAGUACAAACUGACUCUUUAUAAAUUAAAGUUUUCCGGCGUUUUCAGCAAUCUUAAUAAUCGGCAAACAUCUUUUCUUACUCUACUUAGAUAAAAUAAAAUAAAAUCAAAAAGACACUUUCAAAUUUCGACUCAAAAUCAUGGAUUAAGCCCUUUAAAAUUCGGAAGCUUCAACAUGUUCAAAAUUCUGCCGCUCGCCUUGUCAACCAGUGUCCAAGAUUUUGCCAUAUUACUCCAGUCCUGAGGGAUCUUCACUGGCUACCUGUCUCCUUUCGUAUUGAAUUUAAAAUUACCGUAAAAUUCCGAAAAUAAGCCCCGGGGCUUAUAUUUUUCAAAGGCCCUUUUUGAGGGGCUUAUUUUGGGAGGGGCUUAUAUUCGGAGGGGCUUAUCUACGGAGGGAAAUUUGCGUUUCAAAAUCGAUAGGGCUAGCCUUAUUGUUGGAAGUAAAUUUAAAGUUUUUGCUUUGUUUUACUUUGUAUUUGUGGGCAAUUUUCCAAGUACAAGCCCCCGGGGGGCUUACAUUUGGAGGGGCGAUUUAACGGAGGGUUUUUUGCGUUACUGGUUUGGGGGGCUUAUAUUUGGAGGGGCUUAUACAUGGAGGGGCUUAUUUUCGGAAUUUUACGGUAUGUUAAUUACUUACAAAGUACUACAUGAUCGAGCUUCAAUCUAUAUACAGGAACUCCUUCAAUUGUAUACACCCAGCUGCAAUCUUAGAUCCUCUAAUAGAAAUUUAUUGGUUAAACCCUAGUUUAAUCUCAAUUCCUAUGGUAAACGAGCUUUUUCUGUUGCUGCUCCGGAACUUUGGAAUAACUUACCUGAGGAUAUUAAAUCUGCAAACUCAAUUGAUGAUUUUAAACACAAACUUAAAACAUUUCUUUUUAUGCGAGCUUAUGAAUCGUGAUGUUUUUAUUUGUUAUCUGAUUUUUUAUCUAUUGUGUACAUUUAUCUAUUUUGUAGUUAACAUCUAGUUUUAAUGUCAAUUUCUUGUGAUUAUUUUUACUUUUUAGUUUUAUCUAAUUUUUUGUAAACAGCGCCUUUGAAUCUUGUAGAAAAGGCGCUAUAUAAAUGGAUUAUUAUUUAUUAUUUAAAAAAAUCCGAUAUGGCCGCACCCAAAAUCGACCGAACUCUUUUUAAGCGUUCUUUUCGCCCUUCUUAGUGGUCUUAAACAUUGUCAAACAUCUUUCAUUACUCUAUUUAGAAAAAAAAAAGAUCAAAGUAAAGGGAUAACUGAUCCGAUGAACAAUUUGUGUCCUGUCAGCAUAGGUCGUGUGUGCGGGUAUCAACACAGCGGCACUGUUCGUGGCAAGCCAGUUGUCUUCCCACUGGAGAUGUUGUUCUGUUGCAUCUUUUCUCCAUCACUGUUGGUUAACUCAACAGCAAAGACACUUACGAAUGGUGUUUUGUACUUUCCGUCUGAUAUCUUUGAUCCUCCAGCAGUAAAGGACUGGAUUCAGAGAUGAAUUUAAAAAGACGAGACAAACGGAAAAUUCAUCCGCGAUUCUUAUUUCAAUGGAAUCAUCUAUAUUUCCAAAAUGCAAAAGAAAUACCAACACGAUUCUAGGACCAUAACAAGCAAGCAUAGCAAACUGUAUCCAAGCUACGCUAUACACUGUCUUCUUGUAUCGUGCUAUGUUCAGUACACUUCUUGCUCUGCUUGACUGUUCUGGUUGAACAUGAUCUCCCACUUGGGCUUGUUGAUGACGGAGGGUGAAAAAAAUCUUCGAGUACGAAAAUGUUGAGACUAUUAUAGAAAAAAUGGUAAAAGCUCGGAGGGUCCACCACGAGGCAAGUUGUAACUUAUCAUGAGAUAGGAUCCAAGCGACGCAGAACAAAGAAGCGUUUGAAAUAGCAAUGAACCAAACACAACAGGGGCACCCAACGAGCAUAUAGUUCAAAACCACUUAACAAAGCAUUGUUGAACGUAUUUUAGUAUUUAAACGGUAGAUAUAGGCAUAUUUUUAUCCCCUAAAAACUUUUCAUCUGUUCGGAUUUCCUAGCUGAAAGUCUAGUGAUCCGAAAAUUAUAGGGAUCAAAACUUACCUUUUCGAAAAUUUUAGCCAGGAAAAGGCUCCCGAAAAUUCUAGGUUGCCUUCUUUAGGGUAAAUAUCCGUUUAAAAUGGGUAAUUAUACCAUUUUGUAGAUGUUCGAAAAUCCUAGGAGAGGCAGGCAAGCAAGAAAUUUUACAACAAAUGUUCCGAAAAUUCUAGUUCUCAAAUCGUCUUCCGAACAGAUAUUUUCCCGAAAAUUGUCGUUGGGUGCCCCUAACACAAGCUAUGAGCACACGAACUCGGCAUAAAGUUACAACGUGUCUGUAUCUCAGGCCCAAUAACAGAGCGAGAAGUCUGUCAACACUGAUGGCAGCCGAUGUUAGGAUGGAUACCGCAACCAACAGGCAAAUGAUAAACACAUAUACGUAAGCUAGUUCUACGAUGCGGUUACCAAUAUCAAGAGAGAUUGUAGUGUACCUAACGUAAACGUGAAGUGGUUGACCAAGAAGACCAACACUAAGAUCAGUUAUCGCCAGACAUCGAAAUAGGAGCUUCGUCGGUGGAUGAAUGGAGGAAACGUUUCGUAGAGCAACUAGGAUGAGAAUAUUGCCCAGAGUUGCAAAGAUGGAAAGGAAAAUGUUCAGGGUUGUAAGAAAUAUCCACACUCCGGAUGGUAUCUUCGCUAUUACAGAUGCUCCAUUAGAAGUGUUGUUUGCCAUCGGUUUUGAAAACCUCGAUCAAGCUUUAUGCAAAGGAAACGCCGAUUUUAGUUAGAUGGAAAGAGAAAUGUUUAAGGAUAUGCCGAGAAAUAUGUGAACUCCUUCGUAACUUCAAAUGUCUCAUUCGUAUUGCUUGCAAUUGGUGUUGAAAGCCCCCGAUUUAGCUUUAUGAAAAAGAAACGUCGAUUUGAGUUAAUGUUCAGUUUCUUCAGCUGUAAGGCUACAGAGGACGGAUGAACUUCCCCGGACAAAACAGCUUGUGAACGAAAUAGUUAAUUCACUUGUGACAGAUCUAGACAGAAACUGGCAAGUUAAAUUAAAAAAUAGACUGAGACUCCAAAUUCACCUGCCGUUGUAUGAAACGUGUCACUUACUCUCAUAACAUUUUUUAGACAGGUUCACUUGUUGAAGGCUAUAAGAAAUAUCCAUACUCCGGAUAUUAUCUUCGUUGUUACAAAUGUUCCAUUGGUGUUGAUUGCCAUUGGUGUUGAAAGCCACUGACUAAGCUUUAUGGAAAAGAAACGUCGAUUUGAGUUAACGUUAGGUUUCUUCAGCUGCAAAGCUACACAAGAUGAACUUCCUCGGACAAAACAGCUUUUCAACGAAAUAGCAAAUUUAUUCAGUUUGUUAUAGAGGUCUAUAAAUAGGAACUGGCAAGUUAAAUUUACAGUUACUUAACUACAAAUUAACCUGUCGUUGCAUCAAACGCAUUAAUUAAGCCGAUUCCUAACAUUGUUAAGACAGGUUGACUUUGCUGCUCGCUAAAGAACUAUCCAAAAAUAUUAAUACAAAAUAAGAUGUUAUAUGUACUUUGACGACAUGGAUAUCGUAAAAUAGGGGUACACGAAAAAUGAAUUGGAGGUUAACAAAACACAGUGAAGGAGAUAUGCUGUCAUUUCAACUAGAACAAAUUAUUGAGUAGUAGUUUAGGUUGACAUGUUGACUUUGUAGCUCGCUAAAGAACCAAUUGAGAUUUUGACAAUUGCAUGCAGUAUUAAAACUUCCUGCAUAAACAUCUGCAUUUCCUGGGUAAUAACAGUUACCAAUUAAUUUCUCCCUGUUUGGUAAUGACUUUCUUCCUUACUGCUAACUUGUUUUUUGUGCAUAUCGGUUUUUAUUUUCAUUAUUAGCAUAAUACGAAAUGUUGUAUUGGUGUCAUGUGACAACUGCAGUGAAAAAUCUCAUUCGUUGCCGCAUUAAGGAGCUGUUCGAUAUAAAACGACUCAUUAUAUCGGUGUUCAACGGUACAAUAAGAGUCCACCGAGAACUGAAUGGACUCUGAAGGUGGCUCGACAGAAUUUUCAGGGCAAUUUUCGAAGCACUUUAGAAAGGUGUCUACCUACAUGUGUAUCAUUUACCUAUAAAAUCUAAAACAGCAAUAAACCAAUAAGGGCGGAAUACUAAGGCUAUAUACACGCUAUAGUGGAUUGUUUUUUGUGUUAUCCAGUAUAGUAUUAACACCUGUACUGCGGACAUGUAACUCUCCACUAUAAGUAAAAACGUAACAUCCGGUGGUUUGUUUUACUCGCCAGGACUUCACUUUUGUUGGUAGCAACUAAUUUAAGAUAGACUGUCCACCCAUCACUAAGCGGUAUCUUCCUAUUACCUCACUAUUUACCCCUCGGGGGUGGGGGGAAUACCCAUUACAAAGGCGUAUACGGGGAGGCUCCGCCUGAAAGGGGAACCUUUUUCAGGCUUCAGGUAUAUGAAAGGGUAGGGAUUUUACUGGUUGAAGUAUAUGAAAGGGUAGGGUUAUCGGUUAUUUCGGUACGUAAAAAAGCCCAAAAGGGCUUACAGAUUUAUUCUAAGGCUGUGAAAAAGUCGUGAAAACGUUGUGGUUUUGUGAUUUAUUCAUAUUUUAAAUGCAGUGCCUUUACACUGGUUGAAAGGGAUGCAAAAUUCUAAAUUAGUUAUAAGAAAGGGGUAUCAUUUGUUAAAAGAAGGCGUAGAAAAGGGGUACCUUUUCCGUCAAAAAUGGUAUGUAAAAGCCGGAUAAGGGGUUCCUGGUUGGACCGACCUCCGGGCGGAGCCUCCCCGGAUAAAACUAUGUUGAGUAAACCCCCCCUCCCACACUCCGGUAAUUACCGCAGCAGGUACAGGGCUUGUCUGCAGAGCGGAUGGUCGCGGGGUCGAUCUCUGGGGCCGCACCACUAUUCAGGGUCUUAGAAUAAUUGAGAAAUGAUGGUAUACUGCCUUUGCUUUGCAAACAGCUAGUCCUUUGCUCGGAUGAGUACUUAGAAAUGGCGGUCCUAUCUCCAGUAGGAGACGUAAAAAACUGUCCUCAACUAGCAGUUUCUUGCUAAAUACACUGACAAUUUAGAAAUAAAAUGCUUCGCCUGAGAUAUUGACGAAAUUAACAGGACAGAAGCGCAGUCAAUAUAGACUUCUGAAUAUGAAUGUUAUGAAUAAGACUUUAAUAUAAAGCAUAAUUAGAGUUUGUAUGGUGUUGUUAAAGUUAUAAGUUAGCAUCGCACUUUUGCAAUUAAAAUAGACCCGCCCUAAUACAGGGUCGUAACAUGGUAUAUUCGGGAGCCAUUGAUCCCUAUUUUCUUGCCGUUAUUUUGAUCCCUGAGCCCCAUUUUCCGCAAAAUUUGGAUCCCUGAGCCCUGAUAAAAGAAUUGAUCCCAUCCAAGUUUUUACACAAAAUUUUAACUUAGGCAACUUUGUUCAUCUCCAAAUAUAGAAUAUAGGACAUGCUCAAAUGGGCUGAUGAGAAAAACAUUAACUUUAAUUUUUAGUGCAAGUUGUAGGUUCUAUCAGAGCUUGCUAUUCUGCUAUCCCUGUUGAUGUUGUCAGUAGUCUUAUGUGGAUUUCCUCUUUCACUCUGAGUAUGUUACAGUGAGGAUCACGAUCAAUUACCAAUAGCAAAAUACCUGCUUUACAUGAAGUAAAAAAUUAAAUGAAGCCACAGGUUCUACAGUUUAACAGCUUUUUUGUGUCAAGCCCAUUAAUGGCUUUUCCUGGCUUAAUAACCAUUGCAGAUUGUCGGAGGACAUAUCUGGUCGUAGGUCUUCCAGACCUACUCCUUCCAGCUUCAAAUCUAAUUGGCUCUGAAAAGUUGUCCUCCUGGGCUUGCUCCCCUUCCUCUUCGUCACCACCUGACGCAGGUGGAUCAUCUGAUUCAACUGACCCCUAGAGCAAUGCAACUAGGCGUUGCUCUUCAUGGCAGCUCAAACAGAAGUUGUUUCCAUCUUUUAUUAUUUGAACGUUCCCGAUGAUACACUUAGGUAAAUUUCUAUCGUCACGGUGCCCAGUCUGGUAUACAAGGGGAUCUUCUUCUGACUGUUCCAGCCAUCUCAAACCCAUGUGAUCUUCCAGGAAUACGUCACCGUUAUGGUGGAGAUCCUUUAAAAGAACUGCAAGGAAGAAAGGAAUGAUAUACCUCUUGUAAUUGUGCUUAAGAGCAACUACGUCGCCUUUUGAAUAGAUAAUCUCAAUUCUUCGGCUGCGUCUUGAACUGCAGUUUGUUCUUCACUCCUUUGAACCUCUUUCAGCAGAUCGACUUCUCCAUAUGCCGACACAUUCCUUCUGAGAGGUCAUUUGGUCGGAAUAUACUAGAAUUAUUAGUGUAUUAUCUGAUGCCAAAUAAAUGCAAAAAUCUUAAAGAUAUGAAGUCUUCUUGUUUGUCUAUCUGUACUAGUAGCCUUGAAGUAUGCCAUCUUACCAGAAAUUCUGGUGAAUUUUAACUUAAAAUAUACAUUAGUGAAGUAGUCAAGAGAACAGAUGAAAUUUUCCGAAUCGAGCACAAAAAUAAUCAUCAAAAAAGGGAUGUCGCAUCCAUUAUUUGUUCAUAUUUUUAUGACCGAGUCAGAGAUCACUUUUUGUACUAACUUCUUUGGGCAGUUUUGUUACCUUUCCUUUUUAAACUAUUCGGUUAAAAAAAAAAAAAAAAACAGAACGAGAGGAAAGCCUCGCAGACGUUUCCUGAACACUAAGCGAUUCCGCUUCACAGGAGGCGAUAAAGCGACCCCACCGAAAAUACUGAUUGCCGUGAACAAUUUCUUUUUGCCGGUGAUUAAGUUUUAUAAGUUUUAUUUUGACACAAAGACUCCCGUUUUCUAAUUGCUUGGCAGUUUAGAAAAAUACGUCUAACAAUUAUCUAAAGCGUCUUAAAAUCACAUAGGACAUCUGUUUUGCCACACCAGCAAUGCCCUAUCAUCAGUAAUCGUAUGUUCAGAAAAGAGUUUCAUCGUAGCUCAGUUUAAGAUGUAUUUUAGUAAGUCAAACUGCUUUUCAUCAAAGUCUUAACUUACUAAACGUUUUGUAAGCCUCUGAACGUUGGUCAAUCCGUGACGUGGCUUUGGUCGGAUCAUCCUGGAAAAAAAAACGCUUGCAAUGGUGGACAAGAAUUUGUUUGCUUCAAGCGCCGCAACUAUCCAAAAAAAGUCAACAAAUGAAUUACUUGUAUCUCACGUUUUGCGUAUUCAACGCGUACCUAUCCUACACCGCCACCAUGCUGAACAUUGUAGCAAUCUACACGAUCAGAAAGACUUCGUCUUUGUCCAAAAAUUUAAAAACAUUGCUCUUGAGCCAAGCAGUUUCUGAUUUUGGUGUUGGUUUACUAGUUCAGCCAAUGGUUGUUGCACAAGUUAUGAACUCAAACCGAAACAGUGAAACGCGUCUUAUCCCGACGAAACUCUUGAUCUUUGCGACGAAUCUCUUCAUCUUUGCGACAUUGUUUAGCGUCACGGCUCUCUGUGCAGACAGAUUUUUGGCAAUUCGCCUUAACCUCAGAUAUCAGGAACUUGUGACACACCAGCGCGUUGUUGCUGCCGUGAUCUCAAUUUGGGUGAUAAGCACACUUAUUUCACUGUUAACGUUAUUCCUCCCAAAGCAAAUUAGGUACGUGAGUUUCGUCAUUAUUGAAUCUGCCUGUAUUGUCACUGCAACUUCCCUGAGCGCCAAACUUUACCUAACUAUAAGACGCCACAUUAAUCAAAUUCAAGUCUCGCAAGUAGCACCGAAUGACCAAGGAGAAAGUGUUCAAAGAAAAAGGAAAUCUGCGAUGGCAACGCUUUACGUAUAUCUGGUUUUCAUAGCUUGCUACUUGCCUGAUAUUUGUGUGUUAAUUAUUGUCGCUUCCAUUUCCGAACCAAGGAUCGAUCUGGCGCAUUUGCAGUUUUAUACACUGACCCUGUUGUUCCUGAAUUCAACCCUUAACCCACUAAUCUACUGUUGGAAGAUGAAACGCAUCCAGCACACUAUUGUAUCCACACUUCGACACAUUUUUUCAAGUCCCACCUAGAGAAAGCUUUAUCAUAGACAAGGUCACCCUCAUACGGUCAUCCUCAUAGGGUCUGUAUAAAUGAAGCUAUGCCACUGAAAUGCUUUACGAAUUACCUUAUACAUGUAACAGAUUUCCAUGACACAAUCCACGCUGUCAUCGUUCAGUUUUUAAAAGUCCUUAUGCAAAGUUUUAGUUUUAAAAAAAAUUCAUUACUUUUGUAAAUGAACCCUUAAAGGGAACCUCCACUCUUACUACAGAAUAAGUUUAAAUCGAAUAAAAUUAUGUUGAUAAACAAAUUUGUUCGAAAUUUGUCUUAAAAAAAGUGUUUAUAUCAGGAAAAGUGAAUUUUAAAAUCGCUUAUUUUCACUUUCAAAUUUCGCGGGCGCCGCCAUCUUGAAUAAUUGUGACGUGUUACGGUUGCUCUAUUGUUCUGACACAAAGAGCUUUUGUUUAAUAACAAUAGGGCAACCAUUACACGUCACAAUUAUUCAAGAUGGUGACGCCCGCAAAAUUUGAAAACAAAAAUAGGCGAAUCUAAAAGUUAUUUCUUUCGGAUACAAACGCUUUCUUUAAAAAUAUUUUAGAUUGACUUGACUGUAACAGUUAUUUCCUGUGAUUUAAAGUUAUCUUUUUGUUGAAGUGGAGGUUCCCUUUAAAAGUGCGAUUGACGCACUUCACAGUGUCUUAGUCAUGCAAGAGUAAGCCAGCUUACGAGCUAAAUGACUUAAGUUUCUUCCUCAUGUAACCUUUUCACUGUGUUAAAACCUAACAACGUUUAAAUCGUCAUGCAGCAAAGGUUUGGUUGAAAUAGACCUUAACUGAGAUGAUACAGUUAUGUCCUUAUUGCAUUUUAAAUAUUGGUGAAGCUAAGCAAAAUAACACACUGAUAUUUAACGUUAACAUGAUAUAAGAGGUUUCACGUGAACCCUUUUCUCACUGAAAAGCGUAAGCGGAAUUCAUGCCCCAAUAAAACAUUUAAAACAUUUUAAGUGUACGAGAUUAUCAAGGUGAGGGAAAGUAUGAUACACACCUUCCUUGAAACUGUUUACGUUUAGAACCCUUAAGAUUUUAUGGUUUACUGUUUUCGUCUCAAUAAAAAAAAGAACAUUUGUAUUGUCAAAUCCGUCUUGGUAUUUUGUAUUGUUCUGCAGUGUUUUUUAUUGUUAUUUUGAUUUCAGUAAGCCACAUUUUCCCAAGGAUGAUAAUGAAAAGAAAAGCCACGGCCGUAGAAACGAAACCACCCUUUACCUCCGUCUAAAGACAUGCCGAAAAUUUCCCCAGAAACGAGAACAUCCAAACUUCAAUUAGCCUGCGAGCAAGCUCUCUAUUUUGGGCGAGUCGCGAGAAGUCACGCGAGAGCAGCACGCGUAAGGAGACACGAGCUCGAGGGCCGGGGAGAGAGGCGCGUUCUUUCCCGACUCGCUUCCCUCGCCAUAAAUGGAGAACUUGCUAGCAGGCUAAACUUCAACAGCUGUCUUGCGCGCUAUUCAUUUUCAUGACAAUUUCGUUCGAUUGUAGAACCUUAACGCAUUUCGCGGUUUACAAGCUUUAUUGAUUACUGUUACUAUAUUUUCGCUUCAAUUCUGAUCUAGCAAGGUCUGAAAUAGGAUCCUGAAGCAGAUAGGAAAUUCGUGAAAAUAACGCGUUCUCACCUAAAUAUGAAUUGUUGGUGCUAGGUUUCCUAUUGACCAGCACCCUUCCAAAGCUCUUAUUUCAUUGGUCCCUAUAACCUACACUACCUAUUGUUGUCAGGGAUAGGGGUAUUGUUAUGUCACCAUCCAUAUUGUUUUCUGAGCCAAUCACAGACCUUUCUCCCAGUUUCAGAACAGAAUUAGAAUUGGGUAACAAAUGAAUUUCACCUCAACAACAACAACCACAACAAUAACAACAAAAGAAAUAGUUCUUAAGUCCGCUUGCGUUUAAUCGUUGCGUGCAAAGCCAACGAAAAAUUGUCCACUGAUAGUUUAUGUCGUCGAUAUUACAAAUUGCAAAUACAACACAAGUUAAUGACGGAGUUAGGGAACCAUAUGAUAAGUAAAUUAAGCAGCUGAAAUUUUCCAAGCUGGUUAUUUAAAACCUACUGUUAACUAAACAUGAUUUUUAGGACGUGUGGGAAAUAUAAAACAUUUCACCACCUUUGAAGAGACGAACACUUUGUAACUCUUUCAAUAGCGACUGUGAGGCCCUUAUGUUAACGCCAAAAACUAGAAGUCGUUAAUUUUGAAAUAUUACGGCAUUAAGCCUCAAAAUAUUCAUCAAAAUUAAAUGGGCUAAAAGACUAACGAGGAAGAGUUUUUCUCUAAUAUUUCAAUCGACCGCUUUUAGUCCCAACUAAUAAGCAACAUGUCAUUUUGCAGUAUAUUUUAAUGAAUAAGGCGUUCUUUUAAAAACAGCAUCUGGAGCAUACACAAGGGUGAAGGACAGUUUUGUCCUUUUUCGCAUUUUGCUCGUUCGAAUGCAAUACAGCCAUAUAGUGGCCCGAAUAAAGAAAAAAAACUUCAAGUAUGGCUUCACUGUAAAAGGCGGGAAAAAUGGUGGGGCAAGUUUCCUGUGUUUCAGUUGAAAUUACUUUAAACAGAACUUCCUGUUUUUAAAUUGAUAUGAAGCUAACAAAAACACAUGACAAUUUUACAAUUUGCCUUGCAAAUAACCAAGAGAUCUAUUCUGACACUUAGACCAGCAAUACUAAAAGAUCAGUUGCUGCAUCAUUGUGUUCAGAUGAAAUGUUUCAUAGUGGCCUAGUUAAAGAGGAAUUUAGUCAAAUUAGUUAUCAAACGCUACCUUAUUGAGAGUAGUGGAGUUCUAACAAUAAGUCAAUCCGCUACGAAGCUCUGGUAGAAGAAGUUCACGAAACUAACUCUACUGAAUUCAUAACACAUCAAACUCUUGCAUCAUCUGAUAGGAAUUUAACUGGCUUCGGCACAAAUCCAAAAACGACAACAAAUGGAAUACUCGUAUCUCGUACUUUGCCUUUUAAAUGCAUUUUUAUCCUACACCGCCACCAUGCUAAACAUUGUAAAAAUCCACUCGAUAAGAAAAACUCCGAACUUGUCAAAGAAUUUAAAAACAUUGCACCUGAGCCUGGCUGUUUCUGAUCUUGGUGUUGGGUUACUAACUCAGCCAAUGGGAACUCUAGACUCAAGAACACAAACAAAAGCGAGAAAAUGGGUCAAUUUCGAAUUAUCAAAAUUCAUACUUGGCUGCGGAGGCGUUUGCAGGAAUAGCGCGAAAACGGGAGCAAAAAAAAAUAGAAUCGCGCGGAACCGCUUGCUACGCAGGCUAAGGCUGCAGGGAAUAAAACAGAAUAGAAUUGAGUAGCAAAUGAAUUUCAUCUCAACGUCAACAACAACACCAACAACAAAAGAAGUAGCUCUUAAGCCUACUUGCGUUUAAUGGUUGGUGCAAAACCAAAGAUAAACUGACUGUCCACUAAUAGUUUAUGUCGUCGAUAUUACAAAUUGCAAAUACAACACAAGUUAAUGAAAGAGUUAGGGAACAAUAUGAUAUGUAAAUUAAACAGCUGAAAUUUUCCGAGUUGGUUAUUUAAAACCUACUCUUUGCUAAGUAUUAUUUUUUAGACGUGUGAAAAAUAUCAAAAAUUUCACCACCUUUAAAGAGACGAAACACUUUGUAACUCCCUCAAUAGGGACUGUAAACUCUAAAUGAAAAGCCCUUACGUUAACGCCAAAAACUAGAAGUCUUUAAUUUUGAGAUAUAAGGUUAUUAAGCCUUAACAUGUUCAUCAAAAUUAAAUGGGCUAACAGACUAACGAGGAAGAGUUUUUUUUUUUUAAUUUCAAUCGACCGCUUUUUGUCCCAACUAAUAAGCAACAUGUCAUUUUGCAGUAAAUUUUAAUAACUUUUUUUUAAAAUACAGCAUAUUGAGCAUACACAAGGGUGAAGGACAGUUUUGUCCUUUUUCGCACUUCGCUCGUUCCGAUGCGAUAUAGCCAUAUAACGGCCCUAAUAAAGAAAAAAAAACUUCAAAUAUGACUUAAUUGUUAAAAGUGAGAAAAAUGGAGGGGCACGUUUCCUGUGUUUCAGUUGAAGUUACUUUAAACAGAACUUCCUGUUUUUAAAUUGGUAUGAAGCAAUACUUGAUGAUCAGUCGCCGCGUCAUUGUGUUAAGAUGAAAUGUUUCAUAGUGGCCCAUUUAAAGAGGAAUUUAGUCAAACUGCUUAUCAAAUGCUGCCCUAUUGAAAGUCGUGGGGUUCUAAAAAUAAGUCAAUCUGCUUUGAAACUCUGGUAGAGGAAGUCCACGAAACUAAUUCUACUGAAUUCAUAAAAGAUCAAACUCUUGCAUCAUCUGAUAGCAAUUUAACUGGCUCCAGCACAAAUCUAAAAAGGACAACAAAUGGAUUCCUCGUAUCUCGUAGGUUGCCUCUUAAAUGCAUUUUUAGCCUACACCUCCACCAUGCUAAACAUUGUUACAAUCCACGCUAUAAGAAAAACUCCGUCCUUGUCAAAGAAUUUAAAAACAUUGCUCCUUAGUUUGGCUGUUUCUGAUCUUGGUGUUGGUUUAGUGGCGCAACCUUUGUAUGUGGCACGUCUUAUUAUGGAGUCACGGCUAAACAUUGAAACUAGCAAAACGUAUAAUGCCAUCUACAUCGCGUAUCUUGUCUCGGCGAAUUUAUUUGGUUUCGCUACGCUGUUUCUCGUCAUUGUUCUUUGUGCAGAGAGAUUUAUAGCCAUUCAUUAUUACCUUAGAUAUCAAGAACUUGUGACACACAAGAGAGUUGUUGCUGUUGUCGUCUCAACUUGGGUACUAAGCGGACUGUUUUUGUUGACGAAGCUGUGGAUCCCAAAGAGUAUUACGCUCGUGGUUUUUGGCAUUACAGUACUUGCAUGUAUAGACCUAUUCGGCUAACUCAAUGUUGUACCCAAUUCAAACCCUUUGGGAAUAAAACGUUUUGUUUCAGGAAUUUCCAUACAUUUAAAUGUGAAUGCCACAUUAUAAUGCAAAUGCAAUACACAAAGAAUCUUAUCCCCGGGAGAUUUGAAUUGGGUACAACAUUGAGUUAGCCGAAUAGGUCUAUUAUAGCUACCACUUUCUUCAGUAUCAAAAUUUACUUGUCCGUGCGACUUCACGUGAACGAAAUGCAAGUGCUGCAGCUACAACAUGCACCACAGAACGCUCAAAUGGUUAACGUUCGAAGGAUGAGAAAGUUUGCGAUGAUGUCAGUUUACGUUUGCCUCGUUUUAACGGUUUGCUAUCUGCCAACCAUUUGUACACACUUUGUUAUUGCCUUCACUUCUAGACCAAGCACUGGCAUAAAGCAUUCACAGUUUUACACUCUGACACUGGUCUUCCUUAAUUCGUCGCUUAAUCCUGUGAUCUACUGCUGGAAGAUGAAACACAUCCGACACACCGUCAUUGGCUUUAUACGAAAUGCAUUUACAAAGCAAAACUAACUGAGAGCUUCAAAACAAUCCAUAUGAAAAUAAUAAACGAUAUGAAAAAACGACAACAACAACAAGAAACAAUAACAAAUGUGAAAUCGUGUUAUGUUAAACUUACAAUAAAAAAAGAUAUAACAGAAUAAGAAUAAAAAUGAACAAUAGAGAUUAUUGUAGUUCUCGUUAGAAUCAAUGAUUCAAAAACAAUUUGCCUCGGAGUAAUAAUUCAUAUAUUGUAAUGAAACACGAAAGUUGUCAAAACUUUUUUAAAUCCGUCAAUAAAUAAAAUAUAAAGCAUUGUGGUUUACCUCUCACCCACCCCUACAGAUAAAAAGGAAAGUAAGAAAAGGAAGUAAGCUGACGAAAUUAAAGCAGAAACACACUCACGCUCUUAUCAAAGCCAGCGAGACGAUGAAAACACCCGCUGAAAACAUCCUCGAGAUAACAAAAGGUUUAAAACAUCUUUCCUAGACUUGUAAACCAAGAUGAUAGUUAUCAAACUAAAUAUAGUAACGAUUGCACCAUUUUGUUUCCCUCGAUCACGAUUAUACGUGACUGCGCGUCUGCACGAACAGAAAUUCAUUUUUUCUUUCUUUUUUUUUUUCGUGGCUUCUAAAAAUGCGUAACGGGGAACUUUAGACUGAAAAACACAAACAAAAGAGAGAAAAUGGGUCAGUUGCGAAUUAUUAAAAUGAACGAUACGGCUAAUUCUUGUUCAUUAUUUUUUCUAGGAGGGAGAUUGUAGCUGUGCUGCUGGACUGGCUUGUAGGCUGACCAAAAAAUUCAUUUACCAGGGGAAAACAAUGCAUGCCGCCAGGUGAAGCGAUUGAAGUGGAAACCGUCGACCUGAGUGAUCCUUCAGCUGAUACCCCAAGAAACAAACGGUGGCUCGGUAGCAGUAUUUUCCGAUGUAAUGAUGGGUCAAAAUCUACUAUCACUAUUAUUCUUCGACUGCGUAACAGGCAUAGGCGGACUUUGUGUGUUAUUCGUUUGUGAUUCGUAAAGUAAGGGAUGCCGCUCGAAAGCUGAACCGGGGUCAAACGAGAAAACGAUGGGGGAGGGGGUAAGCCUUCUAUUUCUUGCCCCCUUCCACAUUGUUUUCUCUUUUGACCUAUUAAUUCACGAAAGAAGAACGAAAAACACACCAAAACUCUCCUGCUACGCAAGCUACGUCAGACAAAUUAUAGGCGGCCAAUUUUCAAGAGGCGACUACUAAUUUUUUCCUGACUUAAUAGAGAGGAGAAGUCGUCACGUCACGUUGCCAUGGUAGCAAAAUGUCCGGAUGACAAGAAACCGAGCAACCGAUUUCCUCUUAAAUACAUUGAAAACACUUUUUAGGCUAUCCACAACACUUUUAGAUCUCUUCAAAAACAUUCUUAGUGUCGCUAUAAAAUUUGUAUCUGCUCGGUCAUCCUAGGGCAACUUCAGUCUUUUCGAAUUUACGAGGGCUUCAGUAAUACUUCACCGAUAAUUUUAGAUGCAAUUUAGCUUGUUACGAAUGCCAGAACUUUUCUGAUUUCUCUCUUCAUCACAUUUUUUAGUCCGAAAAUUUUAGGUUUCUUUCUUCCUACGAAAAAUAACCUAACCUGGGUAGUGAAUUGUGAAAAAUUAAACUUCAAAAACUUUAUUAGAUGAGCUUCGAAAAUUGUACAUGAAUGGAACGGUCAUCUAGAAGUUUUUAGCCGUCCUCAAGUGAUAGAAAAUUCAAGACAAUAUUCGCUUCUCCGAUCAAUGAGAUAUUUUAAAGGAAACAGUCAUUGGGUGCCCUUUGUUUUCACGUUUCAAAACCAAUUUUAUUUUUCCUUGCAAACACCUGGUUUUAAAUGCAAAUCGUCAUUAAAAGUUUGAUGGUUUGCUGAUCAAUGCAUUUUAUAAUUACCCGCUAGGUGUUAACUGUCCUUGUGUAAACAGGAAAUUUUUCUGAGGGAGAACUUGGGCAUCUAAAUGAGCUUGACUUUUUUAGAUUUUAAUUACAGAUCUGUUAACCUAUGGAAUAUAGCUUUAUUCCUAAACGUCGAGUACUUAGCUACUGUAGCAAUUUUUCCAAAAUAUCUACUUUUUUCGCUGUUGCAACAGGAAAAUAAUUCUAAGGUGCAAGGGGAUUAUAGUUACGCUGUUAUAGCGGAGCUCCCGCGCGCGCGAAGCGCGCGCGCAGCGGAGCACCAUGGGUAAGAAAAUUUGGUAAACUAUCCAUCCGAGAAAAUUUGGUUAUGACGUAGAGUACGCCCACCCGUACACACACUUCAUGUAAGCCGAUGUCAAAUGUCACAAUAGAUCUUGCACAACUUGACUAGCCUCUUAGUUAUGUAAGCCAUUCGUAUGAGUACGAUUAGAUUGACAGCUGUCAAAAUCAGACAUCCGCUGACAAUUAUCACAUGACCAUCUCGCGGGCUCAGAUAAAAGACCAGUCGUUUUACCCCUAUAUAUAAGCUGACAUAAUAUGUCACACUUACCAAUUCAACAUAAAAACGAAACUACACUGGGCAAGGCUGUCAGUUGACUGACAGUCGUUUAAAGUUACAUUGGCAAGCCAAGUUAAGUUCAAUUGACAGCUGUCAAAAUGGGACAUGUGCAGACCACAAUCAGAAAACUAGUAACGUGGGCUCAGGUUCGCUCAGGUACACGAUCUGGCAUUUUCCACUACAUGCCGGACGGAUAUGUCCUACUCACACUUGUAGUCUGUUAAUUCGAAUAUUCGCCAUUCUAAUGAAGGUUAAUUGACAGCUGUCAAACUAGAGUAUACGCUGACCAUCAUCACCUGAGUGGAUCGCGGGCUCAUUUUUCUAUCCAUUGAGGUCACGUAGUGUUUAAAGUUUUGCGCAUAUAUUUUAUUUGAUCACAGGCUCAAUUCGAAGCCCCAUAGCUUUAUAGAAAAUCUGUCCAUCCUAGAAAAUUCGGCAAGCACGUGACCGUACACUGACCACCCGACCUUCCGUCUGUCCGCACCACAGGCAUACCAAUGUUUCUGCUGACCAGUAUCGCCUGACCGUAUCGCGGGGUCAGGUAUAGACCCUCUGAGUUCGAGUAAUUUUUUGAAGGUAUCCGCUGACAAGUUGCUACUUUUCAAAUGAUCGCAGGCUCAAGUUCAAUUUUUUUAAAAUGCAUAUGAAAUAAGUCGUGUUCAUGAGCCGCACUUUUAAAAUUUUGAUUUCGAACUGACCUCGGACACGAAAAUUCAACCGGCUUUUACAUUUAAAUGCAGGGAAGGCAAUCGCUUUUGACUUUUUUCACUGUCACGUGUUCAUCACGCUCUACGUCCAAUUUUUAUGUUCUGAUUGGUCAAAAUUUGACAGGUGAGUUUAAGGGGAAAAUUUAUGCAGCGUCUGGAAACUUGCUUACUGAUAGCUGGAGCUGACAGAGUUUUGUGUCAUCUUGUGAUGUUUUAAACUGUCUUUUUCUCCUUGGUGUACAAAAUGAAAUACAGCUGCUAUCAACAUUGUUCUGUAAUUCGUGGCUGGUUUGCUUAUUGCGCUUUUUGUUGACAAAUGCACCGCUUGUCAAAGUCAUUGGAAAUCCGAUUUCGGAUGGCAUCGUUUUCAAAAAUGAGCUUACUCACUUGAGGCGUAAGAGGGUUGAAAAGUCUCAAGCGAUUCUGGAACACUUGAAGACCUUCAGAAGCAGCAUCUCGACUGGUAAGCCUGAGCAAUUAUUGUCUUUGAUGUGUUUUUUUUUCGGUUUCCUGAAGUCGAGCGUAUGGUUUAUGCGGCUUAAGUUUAUACACGAGCAAUUAUCUAACCUACAAUAGUAUCAGGUUUAAAAAGCCUUUAGACACUUUUUGACCCGCAAAUUCAAAGAAAAGGUUCCGAAGAUUAUUUAGUUAUGAUUUUGGCAGUAAACAGAAAGCUCUGAUGGAUUUUCUUGCCUCGAGUUCAUCUUGAAAAAGAGAAAACACCGGGAAGCCGGCUUAAAACAUAAAUAAGCUUAUGCUUACCUGACUCAUGAUUUUCUGAGACACUUUACUCUCAAUACUUCUCUUCGUGAAUGAAAAUUAUUGUCUCAGUACAUGUUUCACCGAAUUAAAUUUAUUUUAUUGAUUGUUAGUAGUCCCUCUCGCAAUUUUUAUCGCUGCACCGGUUUUUUUUUUUAAUUUCCAGUCGAACAUAAACAUCGCAUGCAAGAAUACUCAAAACGCCGCGCGUAAAUAUCACUCGCUUUUAAAGAUUACACAUAAAAAAAUCAUGCACAGUUUAAUGAAUAAAGGGAAGUAAAACCUAAACAUAACAAUUUCUCUAUCAUGUUGAAGCGUGAAUGGUAACUUUUUGACCCGCAAGUUCAAAGAAAAGGUUCCGAGGAUUAUUUAGUUAUGAUUUUGGCAGUAAACAGAAAGCUCUGAUGGAUUUUCUUGCCUCGAGUUCAUCUUGAAAAAGAGAAAACAACGGGAAGCCGGCUUAAAACAUAAAUAAGCUUAUGCUUACCUGACUCAUGAUUUUCUGAUUUUGGGAAUUUUUUUUUAUCGUUUUCAUUAAAAGCCCAUAAUUAUUACCCUGCAUAUCUAGGACCAGAUUUUUCUAACUGAAAAGUCCCGGCAUUAUAGAAUUCUUUUCAUGAAAACGUUUUACAAUUCAAUGCUAUAAUUUGUUGUGCAAACGAAGCGCGUGCUUUGAUCGUCGUGGAUAUUGAAUGAGUGCAAAUUCUCUUGCAAAAUUGUGAAAAACUGCAGAAUUAUAGGUUUAAAUAGAGCAAAAAAGAACAAAUUCUGUCCGAGGUCUGUAUGAUAAAAAAAGGGCCUCAUAGUACUGUUUACCUGAGACGUGAUGAGAAAAAGUAUGUUUAAAAGGCUGGUUUACACGCCACCAGAUUCGUCGCCAAGAUUUACUAGUAAACUAAACUUGUCGAACACAAAAAAUCCGGCCUGAUUUUUUAUUUUGGCCUCCCUUUUAGACAGAGGAAUGCAACUUGUAAAUUGGCUGCCACCAAGGACUAUCGUGGCGCGUGUGUUUCUUAAAAUUAUAAUUCGAGGUUAUCCAAUUAUCCAUAGUCUCUCUAACGGAGCAAUGUUGGUGAGACUAGUGAAUGCCACAUUAUGAUGCAACAGCUAAUGCAAAUACAAUACACGAAUAGGUCUAUUUGUUUUCCAGGCCUAAUCUACUGUGAUCGAACAUGAUUGCUAUUUUUCGGUGUACAAAUAAGACUAUUUAAUAACUCGACGUAAAAUUUGUUGCACUCUUGGACGGUCAAAUUCUGAUUUUUCUCUAAAAUCACUCAGCCUUUGCCUCAAAAGUCAAAUGAAUGUGCCCUGAUCUGUGGAUUACAAUUGCAAGUUUAUUGUUUGAAUUAAAUUAUGAAUUUAUUAACGGGAGCUUCGCUUUUAGCCCUGGCUAAAUCUAUAUAUUACUACAGACAUAAACUGUGAAUAUUAAUAACUGUUAAAGACAGCUGGCACUGAUGAUUUUCCCGGCGAAUACACUCCACUCUUUAUAAAUAAUAUUAAAGUUUUUUCCGGCGUUUUUAGCAAUCUUAAUCAUCGGCAAACAUCUUUUCUUACUCUACUUAGAUAAAAUAAAAUAAAAUCAAAAAGACACUUUCAAAUUUCGACUCAAAAUCAUGGAUUAAGUCCUUUAAACUUUCGAAAGCUUCAACAUGUUCAAAAUUCUGUCGCUCGCCUUGUCAACCAGUGUCCAAGAUUUUGCCAUAUUACUCCAGUCCUGAGGGAUCUUCACUGGCUACCUGUCUCCUUUCGCAUUGAAUUUAAAAUUAUGUUAAUUACUUACAAAGUACUAUACAUGAUCGAGCUUCAAUCUAUAUACAGGAACUCCUUCAACUGUAUACACCCAGCCGCAAUCUUAGAUCCUCUAAUAGAAAUUUAUUGGUUAAACCCUAUUUUAAUCCCAAUUCGUAUGGUAAACGAGCUUUUUCUGUUGCUUCUCCGGAACUUUGGAAUAAUUUACCUGAGGAUAUUAAAUCCGCAAACUCAAUUGAUGAUUUUAAACGCAAACUUAAAACAUUUCUUUUUAUGCGAGCUUAUGAAUCCUGAUGUUUUUAUUUGUUAUCUGAUUUUUUAUCUAUUGUGUACAUUUAUCUAUUUUGUAGUUAGCGUCUAGUUUUAAUGUCAAUUUCUGGCGAUUAUUUUUACUUUUUAGUUUUAUCUAAUUUUUGUAAACAGCGCCUUUGAAUCUUGUAGAAAAGGCGCUAUAUAAAUGGAUUAUUAUUUAUUAUUUAAAAAAAUCCGAUAUGGCCGCACCCAAAAUCGACCGAACUCUUUUUAAGCGUUCUUUUCGCCCUUCUUAGUGGUCUUAAACAUUGUCAAACAUCUUUAAUUACUCUAUUUAGAAAAAAAAAGAUCAAAGUAAAGGGAUAACUAAUCCGAUGAACAAUUUGUGUCCUGUCAGCAUAGGUCGUGUGUGCGGGUAUCAACACAGCGGCACUGUUCGUGGCAAGCCAGUUGUCUACCCACUGGGGAUGUUGUUCUGUUGCAUCUUUUCUCCAUCACUGUAGGUUAACUCAACAGCAAAGACACUUACGAAUGGUGUUUUGUACUUCCCGUCUGACAUCUUUGAUCCUCCAACAGUAAAGGACAGGAUUCAGAGAUGAAUUUAAAAAGACGAGACAAACGGAAAAUUCAUCCGCGAUUCUUAUUUCAAUGGAAUCAUCUAUAUUUCCUAAGUGCAAAAGAAAUACCAUCACGAUGUUAGGACAAUAACAAGCAAGCAUAGCAAACUGUAUCCAAGCUACGCUAUACACUGUCUUCUUGUAUCGUGCUAUGUUUAGUACACUUCUUACUCUGCUUGACUGUUCUGGUUGAACAUGAUCUUCCACUUGGGCUUGUUGAUGACGGAGGGUGAAAAAAAUCGUCGAGUACGAAAAUGUUGAGACUAUUAUAGAAAAAAUGGUAAAAGCUCGGAGGGUCCACAACGAGGCAAGUUCUAACUUAUCAUGAAAUAGGAUCCAAGCCACGCACAACAAAGAAGCGUUUGAAACAGCAAUGAACCAAACACAAGCUAUGAGCACCCGAACUCGGCAUAAAGUUACAACGUGUCUGUAUCUCAGUCCCAGUAAGAGAGCGAGAAGUCUGUCAACACUGAUGGCAGCCGAUGUUAGGAUGGAUACCGCAACCAACACGUUAAUGAUAAACACAUAUACGUAAGCUAGUUCCACGAUGCGGUUACCAAUAUCAAGAGAGAUUGUAAUGUACCAAACGUAAACGUAAAGUGGUUGACAAAGAAGACCAACACAAAGAUCAGUUAUCGCCAGACAUCGAAAUAGGAGCUUCGUCGGUGGAUGAAUGGAGGAAACGUUUCGUAGAGCAACUAGGAUGAGAACAUUGCCCAGAGUUACAAAGAUUGAAAGGAAAAUGUUCAGGGCUAUAAGAAAUAUCCACACUCCGGAUGGUAUCUUCGCUAUUACAGAUGCUCCAUUAGCGUUGUUUGCCAUCGGUUUUGAAAACCCCGAUCAAGCUUUAUGCAAAGGAAACGCCGAUUUCAGUUAGAUGGAAAGAGAAAUGUUUAAGGAUAUGCCGAGAAAUAUGUGAACUCCUUCGUAACUUCAAAUGUCUCAUUCGUAUUGCUUGCAAUUGGUGUUGAAAGCCCCCGAUUUAGCUUUAUGAAAAAGAAACGUCGAUUUGAGUUAAUGUUCAGUUUCUUCAGCUGCAAGGCUACAGAGGACAAAACAGCUUGUGAACGAAAUAGUUAAUUCACUUGUGACAGAUCUAGACAGAAACUGGCAAGUUAAAUUAAAAAAUAGACUGAGACUCCAAAUUCACCUGCCGUUGUAUGAAACGUGUCACUUACUCUCAUAACAUUUUUUAGACAGGUUCACUUGUUGAAGGCUAUAAGAAAUAUCCAUACUCCGGAUAGUAUCUUCGUUGUUACAAAUGUUCCAUUGGUGUUGAUUGCCAUUGGUGUUGAAAGCCACUGACUAAGCUUUAUGGAAAAGAAACGUCGAUUUGAGUUAACGUUAGGUUUCUUCAGCUGCAAAGCUACACAAGAUGAACUUCCUCGGACAAAACAGCUUUUCAACGAAAUAGCAAAUUUAUUCAGUUUAUUAUAGAGGUCUAUAAACAGGAACUGGCAAGUUAAAUUUGAAGAUACUUAACUACAAAUUAACCUGUCGUUGCAUCAAACGCAUUAGUUAAGCCGAUUCCUAACAUUGUUAAGACAGGUUGACUUUGCUGCUCGCUAAAGAACUAUCCAAAAAUAUUAAUACAAAAUAAGAUGUUAUAUGUACUUUGACGACAUGGAUAUCGUAAAAUAUGGGUACACGAAAAUUGGAGGUUAACAAAACAGAGUGAAGAAGAUAUGCUGUCAUUUCAACUAGAACAAAUUAUUGAGUAGUAGUUUAGGUUGACAUGUUGACUUUGUAGCUCGCUAAAGAACUAAUUGAGAGACCGCUUAGUGAUAGGUGCACAGUCUAUCUUAAAUUAGUUGUUACUCUCAAGGUGGCUCGACUGAAUUUUCAAGGCAAUUUCCGAAGCACUUUAGAAAGACGUCUACCUAUAUGUGUAUCAUUUACCUAUAAAAUCUAGAACGGCAAGUAACCAAAAAGGGCGGAAUACUAAGGCUAUGUACACGCUAUAGCGGAUAUUUUCGUGUUAUCCGGUAUAGUAUGAACACCUAAACUGCGGAUAUGUAACUCUAUCUCCACUAUAAGUAAAACGUAACAUCCGGUGGUUUGUUUCACUCGCCAGGACUUCACUUUUAUUGGUAGCAAAUAAUUUAAGAUAGACUGUCCACCCAUCACUAAGCGGUAUCUUCCUAUUACCUCACUAUUUACCCCUCGGGGGGGGGGGGAUACCCAGUACAAUGGCGUAUACGGGGAGGCUCCGCCUGAAAGGGGAACCUUUUUCAGGCUUCAGGUAUAUGAAAGGGUAGGGAUUUUACUGGUUGAAGUAUAUGAAAGUGUAGGGUUAUCGGUUAUUUCGGUACGUAAAAAGGCCCAAAAGGGCUCACAGAUUUAUUUUAUGGCUGUGAAAAAGUCGAGAAAACGUUCUGGUUUUGUGAUUUAUUCAUAUUUUAAAUUCAGUGCCUUUACACUACUUAAAAGGGAUGCAAAAUUCUAAAUUAGUUAUAAGAGAGGGUAUCAUUUGUUAAAAGAAGGCGUAGAAAAGGGGUACCUUUUCAGUCAAAAAUGGUAUGUCAAAGCCGGAUAAGGGGUUGGACCGACCUCCGGGCGGAGCCUCCCCGGAUAAAACUAUGUUGAGUAAACCCCCCCUCCCCCACUCCGGUAAUUACCGCAGCAGGAGUAGCUUAGCUUGUACAGGGCUUGUCUGCAGAGCGGAUGGUCGCGGGGUCGAUCUCUGGGGCCGCAUCACUAUUCAGGGUCUUAGAAUAAUUGAGAAAUGAUGGUAUACUGCCUUUGCUUUGCAAAAAGCUAGUCCUUUGCUCGGAUGAGUACUUAGAAGUGGCGGUCCUAUCUCCAGUAGGAGACGUAAAAAAUUCUCCUCAAUUAGCAGUUUCUUACUAAAUACAUUGACAAUUUAGAAAUAAAAUGCUUUGCCUGAGAUAUUGACGAAAUUAACAGCACAGAAGCACAGUCAAUAUAGAAUAAGACUUUAAUAUAAUAUAAUAAUAUGAAUAAGACUUUAAUAUAAAGCAUAAUUAGAGUUUGUAUGGUGUUGUUAAAGUUAAAAGUUAGCAUCGCACAUUUGCAAUUAAAAUAGACCCGCCCUGAUAAUUGGCUAGAAAAAGUUUGGUGACGACUGCCAGCUAAAAUAUCCAUUACUUAACAUGCAAACUCCAACUCCGACCGACAAAUUAAAAUCUGUUAUUAGGAGAGUUACGGUUUCCAACAGUUUAAUGAAGAAACCUCAAAGGAUAUGAAAGUGAACUACAUUAAGUACAAAUUUUCAAAUAAAUUUCGGUUUCCAACUCAGUACGUUUUUAAGACACUAUCUGAAAAAAAAAAAAACUCCCUUUUAAGGGACGUAUUCUACGUCUUAAGUGAUUUAAACUUUCAACUUCCUUCUUUUCGAUGCUGCGGCAAUAUUCAGCAUGACACAACAAGGAAGCGUUCUGUACCACUAAAGUAAACUUCGUAGCAGUUCGUAUUCAUUUUGACGAAGCUGUGUUAUAUGUUAAAAACGGCCAGAAGCCCACUUUCGCUUUACGAAGCCACGCACUUUUCUUUUUCCUCGGAAACACUUGGUUUUAAACGCAAAUCGUCAUUAUCAUUUAUCAUAUUCUCAUCACAUUUACCUGCUAAACGUCACCAGCCCUUGUGUAAACAAAACUUUUUCAAGAGAUAACUUGGUCAUCUGAGGACGUUCAUUUAAGUACAGACAUGUUCACUUACGAAAUAUAGCGUUAUUUCUGAACGAGUACAUGUCAGCUAUGUUGCCAAUGUUCUUAAAAUGUUUACUUCUUCUUUUUUCUUUCGCAACAGAGAAAUUAAUUUGGCGGUUAAGGUGCAACGGGUUUAUAUGUUGAAUAUUAAUUUAUUCAUUUUUUUCACCUGCUGGGAAUUGUUUACUACACUUUUCAUCGUUCGUCCAAACGUACCCCUAUAAUUUUUAUUUGCCUUACAAUGUCACAUCUAAACCUUAUUCUUUGGUUUUAAAAUUCAGGUGCUCAGUGCGUCGACGCGUCGUCUCUUUUCAUUUUUCAUCCGAUUUCACUUCCAAUAACAAUAAAAUAAAGCUAACUAAAAUUGCAAGACGAUCGUUUUGAAAGCUUUCAUUUGAAUCAAUUAACCACGCUUCAGGUUUUCGCUAACAAAUAAAAAGUGAAAGGCAUGUACUUCCCAUUCAGGGGUUUAAUAACCAACACCUCAUAAGAAGAACAAUUCAAACUGCGUUUCACAGUUUUAACAUACAGUGUUUGUUUCUUGAAAGCAAAUUAGCAAACAGCUAAUUACAAUUUCUUAGUUCUUCUCGAAUCCCUUACAUAAAUGUAUGCCCAAAGCUCUGUGCUGACGUUAUUUUCUACCAGGGCACAUAUUUUUCGUACAACAACAUUAAACUGAAGAGUCGUAAGGCGCUAAAUGAGAUAUUUGUGACAACUGACUCGACUUUAUAUAUACUUUGUACAACACUAGUCAACAGAAGGUCAUUUUUUUUCUUCUGAGAAAACGCCUACAUUAGCCCUGCUAUUUACGGAAAGUUUUCUUCUUUAAUGUUGAAAUACAAUUGAAAUUGUUGUUUAAAGAAAACACAGAAGUGUUAUAGGUGUAGUGUCUACCACUGACGACUGUUUGACCGGUCCAAACUGAAUAUCAUGCAGUUGUAAAAGGAGUAAACAGGACUAACGAAUCUAUCAAUAAUGUCCGCUCUGCAUUCAUUGUUUAGUAUGUAUAAGUAUGAAGCUUUUUGACAAGUACUUAAUUACAUCUCAUCAUUUACGAGUUUAUAACCCAAGCAAAGUCUUAAGAGUAAAUCGACUGAAUAAUGCUAGAAGUACAAGAUGAAAAACGUAUCCUUUGAACAAUGUAAAUAUUGUCUUUACUUUUCAUUUUUUCGUAUGUACAGGUAAUAUAUGACAAAGUACUUUUCGUGGUCGCCGGGUGUCUUCAUUGUUCUGUUGUGUCACCCCACCUACACCCAGGAAAUUUUUGCCUAUGGAAUCCGGAAUUUACGAAAUUUUUCCUUGUGGAAUGGAGAAUCCUGCUCUUUGGAAUCCGGAAUACAGCUCAAGGAAUCCGGAAUCCCACUUACGAUUGGAAUCCAGAAUCCAAGUUCCACUGACAAAGACUGAAAUUCAGUGCGUAGAAUCCGGAAUCCACGCCGAGGAAUCCAGAACCCAAGCUAGAAUGUCUUGGAUUCCAUUAUAUGAGGCGAGUUGUACUUCUCCCCAAACACAAUAGGUAAAAUCAAAAGCAAAGAAACUUGCUAAUUGUUUUCUUCACUUCCUGCUUCACAUCUCUUAUCUUCCAACAGUAAAGAACUGGAUUUAGACAUGAAUUUAAAUAAAGAAGACAAAAGCAAAACUCAUUCGCGAUAUUAAUUUCGAAGGAAUAGCCACGAAGAGAGGAUACUGAUCCCAAUAUUGUGUAAGGACCAUAACAAGCAAGCAUAGCAAACUGUAUCCAAGCUACGCUAUACACUGUCUUCUUGUACAACCCCGUUAAUGCGACCACCGUUGGGCCAUAAAAUCCUGGCCGUAAUAACGAGGUGGUCGCAUUAACGGGGUCUUCAAAAUAAUAAAAUGACUCAAUGGUUUUUACGUUUGGUUUGAAAGAAUAUGGCCGUAAUAACGAGGUGGUCUUAUGAAAGGGGGUGCUCAUAAGGCGGGGUUCCACUGUAUCAUGCUAUGUUCAGUACACUUCUUACUCUGCUCGACUGUUCUGGUUGAACAUGACCUUGUACUUGGGCUUGUCGAUGACGAAGGGUGAAAAAAAUCUUUGAGUAUGAAAACGAUGAGAUUAUGAUAGAGAGAAGAAUUAAACCCAAGAACAAAGAACAAAGAAGCGUUUGAAACGGCAGAGAACCAAACACAAGGUAUGAGCACACGAACUCGGCAUAAAGUUACAACGUGUCUGUAUCUCAGUCCCAAUAAGAGAGGGAGAAGUCUGUCAACACUGAUGGCAGCUGAUGUUAGGGCCGACGCCGCAAAAAACACGUCAACGAAAAAAUUGUGUAUUACGGAGGGGAUAUCUUUUAUGUAGUUAAUGUGACGAAAAUCUGCUAAAAUGAAGAAAACGUCGAGUGGUUGACAAAAAAGACCAACACAAAGAUCAGUAACUGCCAGACAUCGAAAUAAGAGUUUUGUUGGUGGAUAAAUAGAGGAUAUUUUUCGAAGAGCGACCAGUAUCAGGGCAUUGCCCAAAGUUGCAGUGAUGGAAAGAAAAAUGUUUGGAGCUAUAAGAAAUAUGUAUAGUCCUACCGGGAGUCCUGCCGAUGUCCCAUUUAAGGUGUUGUUUGCCAUUGAUGUUGAAAGCCACCGAUCCAGCGCUUUACCAAAAAAAACCUUCCAGGUUAAUAAACGUUGGGCUCCUUCGGCUUCAAGGCUAACGCAACCUCCAAGGGCAAAAUAACUAGCGGAUGACAACAGCUACUUUAUAAUUAGUAUAGGUAAUAGCAUGAUUAGUAGUGAUAUUUGGCAUAAAUACCACGAGUGAUAUUUCCAAAUUGUUAUACGUAAUUUCGCGAGCCGUUAGGCGAGUGAAAUUUGAGACAAUUUUGAAAUAUCACGAGUGGUAUUUAUGCAAAAUAUCACGUACAAAUCAUGCAAUUAUUUGUUUAUACUACUACCCGCAAAAGGUUUGUAAUUUUCACAUGUAGGUUUUUCAAAUUAAGCUGAAAUACCACUGCUCUAAGCCAAUCAAAUUGCAGUAAUUUUAGUAUAAACAAUGAAACUACACAAAAAGACAGACAGGUUUUAUUUCACUGAGAUUAAUUGGCUUCGAAAUUCCCUGCUGUUCUUUUCAUCAAACGUAUUUAGUAGGCAUUUCUUUAUCAUUAUUUUUUAGUUAAACGUAUUAAGUAGAUAUUUCCCCUCCACCUUUUUUUUUUUUUACUUGUGGACUUCGCUGCUAGCUAAAGAAACAGUAAAGACACUGAUGGCAACAAAACGCUUCUAAAACCACUGCUAUCUAACAUGAAAAAUAAAAUUUAAAAGAAAACAGUCAAAAAGCUAGAUAAUCACAUAAAACCAACUGUAAUUAAUAGAAGCUGUUUAAAAUUUGCUGCGCAAUGGACUUCCUGUAGAAUUAUUUUGACUUCUGCAUAAUUUAUAGUUGUAAAAUCUUCCUGCACAUCAACCUAGAUUUCCUGAGUAAUAGUGACUUAUAAAUCUCUUCCUGUGUAGCAAUCCCGAUUGUAUUCUUGCACUAAUGAAUGUCUCCCUUCACCGACAAACACUUUUUAUAAACCUGCAAUGAUAUGAAACUGAACUCAUUUUUAACUGUUUACAAUACUUACUUGCUUACUAACUACAAGAGUACUAAUUUUCAAUGCAUCAGCUUCAGUUUUCAACUCAGACAUCAUGUAAACAUUAUCUAUUAUUAUCAUUUACUAUAUUCAAGCAUUGCUUAUGCUAAACUAGCAAUUUGAAAGACAAAAAAAACAUUAAUAUGUCAUAGUAUUUUAAAGGGGAUGUGUUACGGCUGUGCGUUCCUGUUCGCUAUGGAACUUGGGAAAUUGCUUGUGAAAGACCAAAACCCAGCUUGGUGUCAAACACAUUUUGCCUCCCAAGGAUUAUAUUAAACGUUACAAUUUUUCAAAAACCACAAUUGCAAUCCGUUUUACUCUUCUUUAAGUUUGUCCAUCAGUGCCAUCUUUUGUAUUUGAUGUGUUAUUUAUACUUUCUUUUCAUGUUUUGAGCGGUUAUUAUGUUUCACUCAAUUUUGUGGCAGUUCCAACUAUUAGAAUUUUGAGUAAAUUUCGUGACAACUUACUUCUUUGAUUCAGUGUGCUGCAGUGUUCCGCUUGAUACAAGAAAGAGGCGUUCUGUGCUACUAAAGUAAACUUAGUAACAUACUUUCAAUUUUGAGGUGAAUUCACUUUUUAAAAAAAGUGAAUUCGCACUGUUUCAAACUUCAUUAAUUUUAUUCAAUUUCAUUUAAUUUGUCAAAUGCUCGCGAAAUUUCCGGGUUGAAUCCCAAAGGACGGUAUCUAUAAGUUUCCAAAAAAGAAAAGAAAAUUUUUGUGUUGUGUUCACCGACUCCAUAAAGCGGGCGCGUGAAAUUAGGAGGUUUCAGGUCGCAGUCGCGUGCAACGACGGCUAAGAAAUUAAAUGUACAAAAAGAAGCGUCGGAUGCAGGUGCAAACUUGUUGUUUAACUAAUCUAAACCUAUUGCUUUUUUGCUAUUCUCGUUACUGUCGCCAUCGUCGUUGCUUUAACUCGCUUUUGUGGUUAUCCAAAAAUUUUGCUACCAUGGUAACGUUACGUCACACUUCUCCUCUCUAUAAUCACUAAUAACAGCACAGGGUCCAGAGGAGUUUCGUGUGAAUAAAUGAAUUACUUAUUUAAAGUCUCACCUUGAAAAAUGUCUAUACCUGUCGCUUAGCACGAUUAAUUAGCCCAAUGGGAUCUUUAUGAUUCUACUGUAAACGAUUUCUUCCCUUCUUGUCUGACCCAGAUCGACUUUCGCCAUUUUGAAAAUCAAUAACCGCAAGCCAUGUCCUCACUGGCGCACGGCACGUCGCCCGAAGGGUGACCGAAGACCGUCACCCGAAGGGCGACUGAAAGCCGAUCUUGCGAGCCCUCAGUCUCUUGGUUUGCGGUCUAUAGAAUGUGUAACGAAACUGUAACGCGAUCAAAAUAACCCAUUUUUCAGAGAUUUGCGACGAGUUUUGAUGUUCUAACGACAAACACAUCUCCUCUGGAUCCUGUGAUAACAGUGCUGAUACAUUCAAACGCACAUUUUGAUCAAUUUCUUUAAUUAAUUUUCAAAACCUGGUUAAAACGAACUCCGAGGUAACAAAUCACAAGCGAAUUUUUUUUAAGCUAAAAAAAAACCCCAUGGUAAAAAUCAUCUGACAUAAGUGUAUUCGCGUAUUUUGCGCAAGGGCAGAUUAAUUUAGAUUAAUUUACUCAGUCUUUUGUCGUCUCUUGAGAGCCAUAAUGUUUGGACACAAAUUCUCCCAGAGUUGUGUAAUCAAUAAUAGAUAGUUUCUUCGUGUACCUGUCCCUACCCCCUUUAAGAUUAGAGAUGGCAAUUACGAUCAUAACAGUUCGUGGGCAUAGCAAGUUUGUCCCGUUGACAUUUUACUAUAUUGUUUUGUUCCAGAGAUGCUUUGACGAAACAGAUUGUGGACAGAACUUCUGUUGUGCACUCAACAAGCGGUGUUUACCGAGAAUCCCUAAAUAUUUCACUUGCAUGUUGUCGGUUAGUAUUAAAAAUUAAAGUCAUGGUAUAAUUAUGAGUAUGCAAAUUGAAAAUAGCUGAAAAAAGAUCCAAAUCUUUUUUUUUUCAUUAUUUACAAGAAAGUGAGAAAAUUAAGGGUUUAGGGUUUGCGAAUCUUCUAAAUAAAUAAAAAAAAUUUCAGAAAGAAUACACAAAGGAAAUUGAGUAAGUUUAAUUUUCAGAGGACAAAGACCUUGUACCUCUCAACUUGAAUCUAACGUUUGCCGUUUGUCGUAAACGUGACUCUUGAUCUCAAUACGAAUGCAUGUGCGCAUGCGGCCAAGGGAGAUAAAUAGACUAAAAACAACGGAUUAAAAGGGCGAGAGAUGUUUGAGCUGCUUGUAUUGGAGGUACCUUCUGAUAAGAAGGCCGGAUUUAUAUUUGGUUUUUAUCAAUGAACACAUUUUCCCUAAACUCGUCCAAGGGCCGUUAUUUCUGAGCACCACUUUUUCCCACGGUCACUCUUGAUCGUUUACCAUCAAACAUGCACUUUAUCCAAUAGAUAGAUAAAACAUUCGAAGAGAAAGGGCUCUGACAUCUGUACAUAUUUUCUUUUUUUCCCAUCGGCUUACACGUUUAUUAUAUGCGAAACAAACCUAUAACAUGUAAUGGUCCGUCUCUUUCAUUGAGUGUGAGCGGAUCCGGAGAAAAGUCCGGUUGAAUAUAAGGGGCUUGGAAAAAAGAAAGCUGAAAACUAAAAACAUAUUUUGUGGUUCUCUGUGAUACAAACCAGCCGCGGAUCAAGAUCUUUCACCUUUGGCAGUUUUCACCCUUGUGCGAAAAACAUCAGUUAACUGGAAAACAUUUUGCAGUGUUGUUUUGUAAAACAGCUGCAUAAGCUUUAUUUUGGUCGAGGCUAACAGUGAUUUGUCCUUUUGAUUCGCUGUGCUGCGAAACACGUCAGUUAAUUGGUAGAAAUUAGGGGUAAUCCAUUUCAUCCGAUACCUGACUCAAGUUUGACUCAAACAGCUGCCAGGACUGUACUCUUUAACCGAAGUUCUAGAUCCAGUUAUUUUUAUGAGUAAGAUCAGCGGAACCGUAGACAUAAGGGGGUCAAUACAUCAAGUUCAUUCAAUUUCGUUCUUACCGGUUUAUGCUGUUCCUCAAAGCUAAAAUAUGAGCCUGAUCAUUAUCACGAAUAAAUAAAGACCUAGCUUCAGUUGCUAUACAGUUGACCCUCGAUAUAACGAACCUCUAUAUAUAUAACGAAGUCCUCAGUAUAACGGACGAUUUUCUUUAGCCCAGUAAUUGUAAAAUAAAUGAAAAAGAACCUCGAUAAAGAGAACGAAUUUUGCCUGCAGUCCCUUAGUGGCCCUUCGUUAUAUCGAGGUUCCACUGUAGUGCGAAAUCAUGAAUAGAUAAUCAUUGAUCAACCAUCAUAAUAAAUAGAUUUUUUUCGUCUUAUUGAAUGCUGCAAGGAUGCCUUGCUUCACUGUAUUGAUCGUGCUCCGGUUGAAGUCUGAUUUCUUCACUUUAUUUAGAGGGUAUCGUUUGUAUUAGGACUCCAACAUAAGUGAAAAGAUCUUGCUUUAUUUGCUGUACCCACAAUUCGUCAUCAGAUGACAACCUCGUUUCCAGGGUUCUUGGGAACGAGGUUGAACAGUGAACAUCAAAAGCAAUUUAGGUGUGUGCAUUGCCCUUGUUUCCAUGGGCAGUUAUCAUAAGCAAACACACAACACAGGCCUUUUAUUACUCUGGAUUUUUCACUAUAAUGCGAACCCAGGACAAUAACCAUUAAUAAUGACUGCUUUAAUUACUUCAAGGAGACAACGACAGUUGUGAAAACAUCAUCUUAAUUAAGAAUUACGCAGGACUCAAAUCGGAUUGUAUAUAAAGACAGGCAGAUGUAGUAGUAAGAUAUCUUAUUGUAAGUAUCUCACUCCACUUUGGUCUGCAGUGUCGCCGGAUUCUUUCGUUUCAAAGCCGAGUUAAGAUUAUGAAGACGUUUGUUAUUAUUAGUGUCUGUAUAACGCUUACUUUGGUACGUAAAAGAUAUGUUAAUUUUUUGUCAGUCUUAAUAUGGGUUCUUACACUAUUCAUAAUUUCGUCAGUUUUCUGUAUUUCUUCCAGGCAUGUUCUGACCUUCCCAAGCUUGCAAAUUGUGGCGAAUCGGUAAGUAAAGUGAUCUUAAAACGACGCGUAACUCUUCGUUAAACCAUCAUUUCCGAUAUUUUGUAGCCAUGGAAAUCUAAAGGAAAGGAUUUUAUACGGAAUAGAGUCAAUCAAGCAACUUUAAAAAGAGUUUCAAAUCGAUAAGAAUCAGUAGAUAGCAUUUCACUAAGAAAACAGCUUUAAACAUGGUUUAGAUUUCAUUUCGAUGAGACAGCGUAUAGUUUCAUAACCGAACCCUUUUUUUCAGUAACGAAAAGACAAUAAUGAACGAAGAAAAACAAACAAUCCACUUAACAUUAAAAAUUGAAACAAACUGGCGACAGAGUAUCAUGAGAAGUGUUGAGGAAUCAUGUACUCAGUGCUUUGGUAUUUAUGCGAAAUUAGGGAGUUUUUAAACACAUGCAAUGAAUUAACCUCAUAACUAGAAGGUCAGAAGUGCCAGGUGUAAAACUAGAUUGCGAGACUGUGAACAUUGAAUUUCAAUGAACAGAAACACUUUCGAUUUGUCAAAGGAGUUCAGUCCUACUUUGCUAACAUUUUUUGGCGUUGCCAUUUUAAGGAGGGGGUUUGUAGCUGUCAAGCGGGACUAGUGUGUACCGUAACCAAACAAAUACUAAAGAUGGGAGAAGUGAUGCUGGUAAGGCAAUGCAUGCCAGAAGGAGAGAAAAUCGAGGUGGAGACGUUAGAUCUUGAGGAGGAAGAAGACACGCCCAUGAGAAACAAACGCUGGCUUUGGUUCAAUGUAAGAAAACUCAACAUCAGUCUUGUCUUAAUUUUCUACAAAAUUAAAAUUGAUAGUUUAUUGUAUCUGGGUCUAGAAGGGUAUUUCAGGAAUCCGGGAUUUGACUAAAAUACAUUGCGGGAUUCGGCAAACAUUAGAGGAAUACUGGAUUUGAAUGGCACCUGGAAAGCUGGAUUCAUCAAAAUGUGUUCGCGGGAUGUGGGAUUGGGAAAGAAAACGCUAUUCGGGAUACGGAAGUUCUGGACGCGGGAUUCAAGUGAAAAAUGAGCUAGAACGUAGAAUAAGGAUGCCUAGGGACUAGGACAAAAGACAAAGUUAUUUUUGUACAACUCAAUGUUUUUACAAGAAAACACUGUCCUCAUGUUGGAUAGUCUUAUGUUUAUUCAGUAUUUUUUUCUUUUUUACCUAUUUAUUAUUUUGUGGGUUAAGAAGUCAAAAGUGUCGCUAUAUUCCUUAGAAUUUGAGCUUGUUUUACACUCACAUAAUGACUGACUAUAUAUUUUAUAUUAAAUUAGAGAUGCAAAGCGGAUAGUGACUGCAAAAAGAAUUUCUGCUGUGCUUUUGGGAAGCGCUGUGCUCCAAAACUCUUCAAAUACUUCACUUGCAACUUGGAGGUAAGGAACAAUCUCAGGUUGUAUGUUGGUGUCACUGGGGGCCGAUUAUUGGUCAACUGAAUCUCAGUAUCUCAACUUAGCCCUCAGUCUAUCGAGGGUCGGUUACACUCCAGGGUGAAUAUGGGCAACUUGAAUUCUGAAUUCGGCCAUGUGUCCUUCAUUUCUGAAGGUCAAGCUAUGAGAAAUUCGAAAGCAAUCACUAAUCUAGGAUUACUACUAAACGAAGUCAAACUUAGGCGGCGCUUUGAGGGGUUCUGCUGGUCUUCCAAAUCUCUUCCUAUAUAAGUGUGUUGUUUUUUAAAGAGGAUAAUAGACUAUAUGCUUCCCUGAAAGUAAUCGCGAUAAACGGUGUUUAGAUAAAAGCGUAAGGGAAAGACUGAAAAUUGCUUAGAACACGGUUUUGUUUAAAACACUAGCUCAACUCCGGCCCCUGAGGUCGGAGAUUCUCGUAAAACAAAGUUUUUCCCUCGGGAAAAAUCUUCAAGUGUAUACCGUCUACUGCCGCUUAAAAGCACUGGAGUUAUACAUCUUCGUAAGGGGUUUUAAGUGGGCUUAUAACCGAGGGGGCUUAUAACUGGAAUAGAAAAAGUGCCUUGAAACAAGCUAUUGCAGUGCUCAUCGAUCAAAAUACGUUUUUCAUUUACUCUUUUUUUGUUAAGCUUCUAAACGUCAUUUUUGUUAAUUCACUUCAAUGCAUUUGGAGGGGCCAAAUAUGCCCGAAAGGUGGGGGGGGUUGGGGAAGGGGGGGUAUUAUCGGAUGCAUUGUUUUGUUUACAGAUAGACGGGCCUAUAACUGGGGCAAGAGGUGGUGGGGCUUAUCAGUGGGGAGGGGUAUAAGCGGCGGUUUACGGAAUCAGAAACAAUUAUUGGGUGAGGUUUUUGUUAUAUCCGGAAUAAUCAAGGUCGAGGUAAGUAAGAGGCUGAUAACACUUACCGAGACCUUGAUUAUAUCACAAAAACCAAAUCUAAGCAUUGUUUUAUUAUACAUUGUUUUGAAACACAUAACAACAAAUACACCGAUUUGACAUGGCUCUUGGAAUUAAUGCAUUACUCGCGCAACCUACAGAUUAGUCAGUUAUCUGCUAGCAGAUAACUAACUAAUUUGUGGGUUGUGCUCAGGUUGCGCUUAUUUUCAAAAUUAACUGUCAGAUCUUAGCCAAUGAGAAGAAAGAUAGUGAGUACAAUGUAUAAUAAUUAUUGUUAUUUCUUAAUUAUAGAACGUGCACAAGUGUGGCUGCCGUGAUGGAUUGGUAUGCAAACAGACAAGCUCAGUCACUCUCCCGAUUAUUGGUACCAAGGUACAGAUAAGGCAGUGCGUAGAUGCUGAAGAUGCCUAACAAGAGCUUUUUUGCUUUGUCAGUAAAAGAAAUAAUGUAUAAAGGAAGAGACUUAAUAAAACAAGUAGCUGCAAAAAUCUUUAAACGUAUUGGUUUAUUUUAAUGGGAUCUAUGGAGGAGUUAGUUUGAGAUAAAAGCGGCAGUCGGCUCUGGUUGAAUAUGUACCGGGUUAAGAGAAAUUUUUCCAUUCUACACAUCCAAGGGAAUCCGGAUUCUCGAAUCUGGGAAAUCCUUGUGGAAACCGGAAUCAGGGAUAUUUUUCUUGUGAAAUUUGGAAUCCUAGUCUUUGGAAUCCGGAAUACAGCUCAAGGAAUCUGGAUCCCAAUGACGACAGGAAUCCAGAAUCCAAGUUCCACUGAGAAAGAAUGCGGUACCAAGUACCUGGAAUCCGGAAUCCACAGCGUGGAAUCCAGAUUACAAGCCUGUCUUCGAUUUCCUGGAUUUCCUUUUCAUGGGGCGACAAAUACGUCUAUCUAGCCCGUACGGGAUGUAGAGGGGGACUUCAACAGACUUAAUAGGAUUACGUGAAGAGAGGUGACACAACCAGAGUUUGGCAGUUGACGAUGGUUUUAAUCUUUCCUUUGAAGUUAGAAACUCCUGUCUUGGCUACCUCAGAUCUCAAGGCGUAACUGUGAAGCUACUCACAAGAGGUUCUAUUUAUAUCGAACAAUUAAGUUAAUUGAUUUUUUACAGUUUUACAUGGCAUUCAUAUGCAAGGAAAGGGUGUUAGUAAGUGUCAGAGUUUAGAAAACAAAAGGAACUGAAAUUGAGUUGACUCCCGCUACGCGUGGAAGAAAUUUGCAAAAAUAGAAAUAUCUCUAACACCAAAUUCCUUUACAGGGAACCAAACACUCUAAAUCAGAAAGAUCUGUUUUAGCCCUAAAAACAGGGCCGUUUCGGUGAGUAAAAUACAGCCCUAUUUUUGGGUCUAAUUUGGCUCCCUUAAAUCAGGGCCAAUACAGUCCAAUUAGCUAGGGCUGAUUUGGUCCCAGGGCUGAAAUGGACCCUACCGUGGGCUGGAAUAGCCUUUUGAUAGAGCUUUUUUGGCCUAAUUGUGCGCAAAUGGCUUCAAGAAGGGCUAAAUCAGACUUUGGCCUGCGGGGCUGAAUUGACACUUUUGGGUUGAAACAAAUCUGUUUAAUUUACAGUGAAACGAUACUUUGGAAGAAACUAAAUUUUCCUAAGAUUAUAUAGAGAGAAAUUCUAGUUUGAGGUCAGAAAAGUAAGGAAAAUUUGGUUAAAACUGGUUCGACAGAGAACAAAGAACUCGAAAGGUGUUAGGACGCGUGGCCUUAGGUUAGAUUUUAAUGAGAUAAGGAAAUCUGAUUAUGAUUCAAGUUUGGAAGCGAAAGUGAGAACCAACUCCAGGUUUAAGUAAACGAACUCCGUUAACAGGAAACGCUUGUUUUCCUAUUCCACAGCUGAAUACAUAUUUCUAUCUUUUGAAAGUGUUUUUGUGUUUCUUACCAUAAGCUUGAAGAGGUGUUUCUUAACCUCAGUUAAACCUUUAGUUGUGAAAGACUGAAAGUACACUUAUGAUGUUUACUGCAAUUACCGUGCGUCCAACUUCUAUUUUUAAUUGAUCCCAACACCAAGGAGGUCGGUGCAAAAAUCCUUUAGCGAAGGACUUUACUGACCAGCAAAGGUUUGCUAGUAAAAACUAAAGUGUGUCCAGCUGUUCUGACAGCUUGUAAACAUGCACCAUCCUUUGUCCCUUAACAAAAGAUAUUUGAGAUAUGGUGGAACUUUUGAUUUCCGAACCAACCUAAAAACAAAUUUAUUUAUAUAACAUAUAUCCCUGAAUAAAGUUAAAAUGCCCAACACCGAAAUAAAUAGAAUAAACUGAAUAAAUAUUAAUGAUUACGAAGAGAAGCGCAUACAAUGAAGCAGACUGAGCAACAAUGUACCCUAACAGGGAUGUAGACAGGAGGGAGGGGUCGUAUGCAAGCCCGCGCCACUUCUCCCAGCUCUAGAUCAGUAUAAACCUAGUGGAGAAAUGACCAUUUAAAACUGUCAAGCAACUGUGAAACAUAAAAUGUAGAGCUCAUUUUGGAACAAAGUGAUAUCUGUCACGGAACCCUUGCAUUGCCCGCUAUGAAUUAUUCUUUACUGAAAAAAUUAUUAACAUCCGAGUUAGCUCGAGUUAGACUGUAAAGGAACACAGAAUAAGAUUUAUUCAGCUUUUCCUUGCAAGACGACAUCUUAUAUUAAAAGUAUAUAAUAUUUGUAUGUGAUUAGAUUCUACGUAAACUGCAAAUAUUGAGAAAAAGUGAGCAGCACGCUCGCUGGUGAGGCGACCACAAUUUAAGCAGUUUAAAAUCAUGUAAAAUAACUUAAACUAUUCAAUUUGUAAAUUAAACGUGUCGUAAUGCCCUUACCUUAAAAGGGAUUGCUCUAGUAAGCUGACGUUAAGCAAGAAUGCAUGUAUUCAGUUAGAUCUGGUUCUAUUUUUGCACAAAACAGUUGAAUAAACUUUAUUUUGUGAGAGAAAAAAAUUGGUAUGGUUUUAUUGUUUAAAAGCUCUUAUAUAAUCAAUCUACUGCACUAACUAUAAAAGAAUUUAUGCUGAAAGCAAAAUUGCCGAUGUCUAGUCUCUUCAAACACAUUAAGCAAAUAUAGCCCGACAAUAAGAAACUUCUCUCGGCGCGCAGGAAAAAUAAACUCUGAGUUAUCUCGGUGAACUGAACCACAUUUCGUUGAUCAGUUAAAGAUGAAGUUAAUUAUCUUUUUAAUUCUUUGCACUGGCUUGGUAAGUUAAAAGCUGGGCUACUUUUACAUUUCUUUUCCUAAAUAUACUUGCAAUAUUAUAACCAAGUCCAAGGAAGUUUCAGGUGUAAAAUAAAGCUUUCUAAAAACACUCUUAUGCCGGAAUAUUGGCAUUCAAUCACGGUUCCUCAUUUAUUUUUUUCAAAAAACAUUACAUUUUCCCCAGGCUUGCGCAGAUCUUUCCAAGUUUAAAGUUUGCAACAGACCGGUAAGUUCUGAGGCUUUGUUCCGUGGUAAAUGGUAAUCCCGUAUUGGAGGUAAUUGGCACGACAUCAAAGAUUUUAUUAGUCAAACAUGAGGGCCUGAAUGUACGAUACUGAGAACUUAACUGGUUAGAAAAGUGCUAUGAUCUCGUAGGCUUCACUGGUACCAUUAAAUAUAUAUUGAAGACUGAAUAGGUAAGUCGUUACAACGUUUUUUGCUACGAUGUUAAAGAAUUUAUUGGCAACUUUUUCAAGGUUUGCCUGCUACGGCUUUAAAAAAAAUCUAUUGACAUUGACAGAUUUAUUCACGUUAAAGGCGUCGUCAGUAAAGCUGGUGUUUUAUUUUAUUUUUCUGUUCUACUCCUUCACUCAGUUAUCCGAGGAGCUGUUUUACUCGAUUUUUUCUCACGAUGUAUCUGUUUUCAGGACGGCGACGACUAUAGUUGCCAAGCUGGAUUGUCCUGUGUGCAGACCAAGCUUUUCAUCAUGAAAGGACAAAAAGCCUACGUCAAACAGUGCGUGCCGGAAGGAAUGAAGAUCGACGUCGAAACAGUCAACAAGGAUCAUGAUCAAGCCUCCAGAAACAGUCGAUUAUUACCUGGAUUACCUCAGUUACCAGGCCAAGUAAGAAACUAACAAAAAAAGAACAAAUAACACUAUCGACACAAUUUACCACACCAGAACGUGUUAUAGGCAACAAUGGCCGACAAUUGCUCAAGAUGCCACUCCCAAAUCGAACAAAACCCGUGGGACUCCACCGGGUCUAACUCCUUUCCCUUUAGUGAAAAGUAGUUUAAUUGGGUUUGAAUGUAGACCCAUCACCAGACUUCUCUUAACUGAAUCUCGAGAGAUUUAAACCAACAACAACAACAGGGACGUAACAAUCGCUCAGGGGCCACACCUAGCUAUAUGGUGGGUUGGGAUGAUGCCUUGCAUGGGACCUUUGAGUCCUGUUCGUACCCCUCGCUAGUGGGUAGGUCGUUGGCCAUUCAAGCGGUAAGUCCCCUCCAAAUUGGUGAUGGAGUCAACGCCAACGGCAUUGAGGUUUGGGCUGAAAAGUCUCUGUUUCAAUCUCAAUUAAUGGUAAGUAACUUAAAUAGCCUUUCCCAACACAUCAUUUUUAAAACAAUUGCUUGUUGUUUCUUAUACAGAGUUGCCGUUCUGAGGGUGAUUGCCAACAGAAUCAGUGCUGUGCCCGCUUUGUCAACCGAUGCCUUCCAAAACUGCCAGAGAUGGCAGAAUGCUCUCUAAAGGUAUAUGUUAAAGUCUUUAUGUUACUGUCAGCUAUACGGGUACCAGAUGACUCCGCUCGAGAGAGGUUCCCUUUUAAUGCCUAUGAAAGGAUACGGAAGUUUGUCUUUUAUUAGGGUAUUUAUAACAGGCUCACCUUUUACCGGCCCUAUCAGUUACAUUUAAUUAUCAAAUGCUGCAUGAAAUUGACAAGAGCACCUUCUGUGAAAUAUGUACCAUUUAGCGGUACCUUUUCUAGUCUGUGAAAAGGUAAGGGGUUGAACUCGGCUCAGGGCUGAGUCUUUAGUAUAUAUAACUUAGUUGAGUAGCCCAACCCUCCAGGAGAUUUCCGUAAUGCUGGUGUUCAUAGGUUACAAAAAGUGGCUUUAAACACCACUGCAGUAAGUCAAAUGUUACAAUAUAUUCAGUUUGCCCAAAAGAGUGCUUUCUUUUUUCAACUCUAGAUAUUACACAACUGUGGCUGUCAAGAUGGACUUAAAUGCCAAAAGACGGGCGAAGUCACGAUUCCGAUCAUUGGCAUCAAAGUUCCGCUACUGCAGUGCGUGUCGUCCCUCCCAGGCGGAGAUAUUUCUUAGAAAGCUUUGACUGACACACGAAGUUAUAGCUAUAGUAUACGUAGUUGAAAUAAAAGAACACUUUAAGACCCCUUAAAGUCUAAGACUGUUGUACCUCUUGCCUAAGAUUACUCUCCCAAUAUUCUUUGUUUUGUCGAAUUUUCCUUUUUAGGAAGAGAUAAGUGACAAUUUGACAACUAACAAUAAAAAGGUGUUGGUUUC